AUGAACAUGUGGGAAAUAAACAACCGAGUAUUGGAUCAGGAGUAUCAGGUGAUACUUAUUUUACUGAAAUUAUUAAUUAAGAGCUGGAUAAUGAAAAACUAGAUUUUUUACUUUAGGGUAACAGAUAAGAUUGGAUCUUGAGAGAAUAAUCAUGGAAAAUAAAAUACAUAAAAUUAGUUAAUAAUUCUUAUGUAAAACAAAUGGAGUUUACCUCAAAUAAGCAGUUAAUAUACACUCACCGGCCACUUUAUUAGGUACACCAUGCUAGUAACGGGUUGGACCCCCUUUUGCCUUCAGAACUGCCUCAAUUCUUCGUGGCAUAGAUUCAACAAGGUGCUGGAAGCAUUCCUCAGAGAUCUUGGUCCAUAUUGACAUGAUGGCAUCACACAGUUGCCGCAGAUUUGUCGGCUGCACAUCCAUGAUGUGAAUCUCCCGUUCCACCACAUCCCAAAGAUGCUCUAUUGGAUUGAGAUCUGGUGACUGUGGAGGCCAUUUGAGUACAGUGAACUCAUUGUCAUGUUCAAGAAACCAGUCUGAGAUGAUUCCAGCUUUAUGACAUGGCGCAUUAUCCUGCUGAAAGUAGCCAUCAGAAGUUGGGUACAUUGUGGUCAUAAAGGGAUGGACAUGGUCAGCAACAAUACUCAGGUAGGCUGUGGCGUUGCAACGAUGCUCAAUUGGUACCAAGGGGCCCAAAGAGUGCCAAGAAAAUAUUCCCCACACCAUGACACCACCACCACCAGCCUGAAUCGUUGAUACAAGGCAGGAUGGAGCCAUGCUUUCAUGUUGUUGACGCCAAAUUCUAACCCUACCAUCCGAAUGUCGCAGCAGAAAUCGAGAAUCAUCAGACCAGGCACCGUUUUUCCAAUCUUCUAUUGUCCAAUUUCGAUGAGCUUGUGCAAAUUGUAGCCUCAGUUUCCUGUUCUUAGCUGAAAGGAGUGGCACCCGGUGUGGUCUUCUGCUGCUGUAGCCCAUCUGCCUCAAAGUUCGACGUACUGUGCAUUCAGAGAUGCUCUUCUGCCUACCUUGGUUGUAACGGGUGGUUAUUUGAGUCACUGUUGCCUUUCUAUCAGCUCGAACCAGUCUGGCCAUUCUCCUCUGACCUCUGGCAUCAACAAGGCAUUUCCGCCCACAGAACUGCCGCUCACUGGAUAUUUUUUCUUUUUCGGACCAUUCUCUGUAAACCCUAGAGAUGGUUGUGCGUGAAAAUCCCAGUAGAUCAGCAGUUUCUGAAAUACUCAGACCAGCCCUUCUGGCACCAACAACCAUGCCACGUUCAAAGUCACUCAAAUCACCUUUCUUCCCCAUACUGAUGCUCGGUUUGAACUGCAGGAGAUUGUCUUGACCAUAGCUGCGUCCGAAUUGCCAAGUAGUAGUCGAAGUAGUAGUCGAAGUAGUAUCUAGCAUGUCCGAAUUGGCCACCGGAGCGAGUAGCAUGCUACUUCAGAUACUACUUCAGAUGCUAGACACGCCCACAUUGUAGGUUGGUCUCGGUGCAUCCUACGGGCAUGCUACUGACCCAAAAUGCACCGCGGGCUUCUUCUUCGUCCUCUUAAAAGUUGUAGAAGCGCAUGUGAUGCUAGCGCCACCAGCUGCUCUGCCUAUUUAAAAGUGUCGCGAACGCCGGCUGGCCACAGCAGCGCGCACCAUGUCGGAGCAGCAGCAGCAGGCGGGACAGUACAGAUGUAAGUUUCAUGUAAUUUCACACACUGUCCUAAAAAAUGUGCGGUUGUAUCUCUUUGUCAUGUCAUGGUGUCAUAUUUGCCCAAGUAAUCAUUUUAUGAGCAAGUGGCGACAUCAUGGAGGUAAAGCUCACUUAUUCCAUCAUUAAACUGCACAGCUGCAGUACUACAGCCAGGCCCGCAGAUGAGGGGCUUCAGUUACCACUGUCUGCACGGGCGCAGUACCUACUCUCUGCCUGCGGGGGUCGUCUUUCCCCACCGCUCGUCUAGUGUGUCCGAAUUGGGCCAACGUUUUUAGUAUGUAGGAGUAGGAUCUAGCAGUAGCACGUAGCAGUAGCAUGUAGUAUCCGAGCGGGCAGUUCGGACGCAGCACAUGUCUACAUGCCUAAAUGCACUAAGUUGCCGCCAUGUGAUUGGCUGAUUAGAAAUUAAGUGUUAACGAGCAGUUGGACAGGUGUACCUAAUAAAGUGGCCGGUGAGUGUAUCUUUAAAUCAAACAGCACUGAAAGCAGCCAAUGAAUUUCAGUGUGACACUAACUGGAUUUGACUAAAAUAUGCAUUCACAUUUUAUUUCUUUAAAUUCAUCUUGCUGAUCAUACUUAAGAAACUAUUUCAGAUAUUUUAAAAGAUGAAUUUAUUUUAUUUUAUUUUUUUUAUUAAAGUGAAUUUCUGCACCACAGUAGGCUACCAGGCAGCAGCAGGUGCCGUACGCUGCUGCGGCCACAGGUGUCGCCUGGGCUGCCUGUGCAGCAGCAGCAGUAGCAGCAGCAGUGGCAGCAGCCAGAUGAACCGCAGCAGGAGGAUCCAGUCCACUCCACUCUCUCCAUGUUGAAACGGAGCAACUUCUCCUUCAGCAGACUCCGACCGUCCGUCCGUCCGCCCCAGCCUGCGUGCUGCUGCCCACAGCCCCGCUGACUCCCCUCUCAGCUCCGCGCUACGAUGCAGGAGUGGACAGGAAGCUCAGAAACAACUGCAUGAACGACUCACAGGUCGACACAGAGUAAGUUUACAUUUUUCUGCUGUCUUACUACACCACGCCAACACGACGAGAGGGAUAAGUUGCUAUUUUUAGCGAACGUUUCUGAAUCUAAUGUAUGUUUAAUAUGCUAACUUAAGCUAACAGCUAACGAUGGACGUUAAGUGGGAGAGCGAGCAGGCUUUGGUUUAUUCAGACGGUAUUUGUUUUUUUUUAAGCAUUUUAUGAUCGCAACAGUUGGAGGAAUUUGCUCAGUGUCGGCGUUAACAUUAUCUGUGUCCUUUUGGUGUGUCGUCUGGCAGGGUAGUGGGUAACGUUUCAGGCUAGCUUCCUAAAGUAAACCCACAUCACCACGUUUGCAGACCGUACCCCAUGCGGCGGCUGCGGCUCGGUUGUCACUGGUUUGCAUGGCAACCAUGGGGCUUAUCGAUGUGCAGGGUGGUGACAAGCAAAGGCAGGUAGGCUCCCGAGUCUGUGAUCGAUCCACAUUCCUGCUAUCGGGGAAUCAGACUGAGUCAACGGAUUAUAUUACCUUUUAUUGCAGCGUAUGUGGCAGAGCUGUUAAAAGAGGGACGGUUUAUAGUACUUACUGUACAAGCAACCUCCAUUACUCCAACCAACCAUGAUGCUCCCUCCUACCGGCAUGUAGGGCACAAUAUAUAGCACGCAGGAUGUAACCUUUAAAUAUAGGCUAAUGCAGUGCAGAAUUAUACAAUACACAUAAUACAAAGGUACAUGCUAUAUAUAUAUUUAUAGCAUGUAGUCUGCUUUGCAGGCCACCGUCUGCAUGCCUCGACGUCAGUGUUGUCAUUUUAAAGCCAUGGCUAUAACCUUUGACAUUUGUUCCCUGGCAGCAAAUCAUAUCUGUCAACAAUGGCUUAUCUUCAGAGACCUCUUUCAUUAAUAAUGUGGAGUAUUUUUUUUGUAAUAGAUGAGACAGAAUUCAGCUAUUUUUAGUAUUUUCCAAUGGCACAAAUUGUACUUGAUACAAAGUUAUAGCAGCCUGUGGUGGGAGCUGGUGCAAAAAAACAAACAAAAAAAUAAAGUAGCUUAUGAUAAAUGCAGACAAAUUGGAAUCAAUACUUAACUAAGCUCAGUGGUUCUUAAGUCCAGUCCUCGAGGCCCACUGUCAUGCAUGUUUUGGAUGUUUCCCUGCUCCAACACACCUGAUUCAAACAUCAGCUCGUUAUUAAGCCAUUACAGAGCUUGAUAACGAGCUGAUCAUUUGAAUCAGGUGUGUUGGAGCAGGGAAACAUCCAAAACAUGCAGGACAGUGGGCCUCGAGGACUGGACCUGAGAACCAGUCUUAGCUGACAAGCAAAACAACUUCCAAUCCAAUUCGAUCCGAUCCAGUCCGCUUUAUUUAUAUAGCACAUUUUAAAAAACAUUCAAGUCUACCAAAGUGCUGCACAAUAAAAUUAAAAGAACAGACAGUGCUGAGAACAUCAAGAUGAAAUGAAUAAAUGCAGGUAAAAAAAAACCAUUUAAAAUGAAAUAAAAUAAAAACACAAAAGCGUAAACGAAAUAAAAGUGAUAAAAGGACCGUAAAGGACAUAAAAGGACAGAGAUCACACAACUCUCACACUGAACUAAAAGCCAAGGAAUAAAAAAGAGUUUUAAGAUGUGAUUUAAAGGUGGAAAGAGUGGGGAAUGUGGCAAUUCGUUCCAUAAUUUGGGAGCCACAGUCAAGAGAGCCCGGUCGCCACGGGCUUUUCAACGAGUUUUUGGUACCAUGAGCACUUUGUGAAUGCUCAAAUCUGUUUACAAAACAGACCGUGUUAUUAUUACAAUAAAUUACAGACCCACCAGGAAGUAUUUAGCUCCAAAUGCAAAAUUAUUAAAGAUUACCAACACUGACAUUUGUGUUGCGACAAGUACAGUACGUCUCAGGCUGUACUUGUGAUAUUUGAUCUUGAUGACUAAAUGUGAAGUUUGCACAGUGCCACUUCACCCCAUCUAUCUCUGUCUAAUCCUAAUGCAGACAAAGAUAGAAGAGCUCAUUAUCUUUAAUCUUUGCCACAUUAUGUCGAAAUGGAGGAAUAACAUUGAAGCACAUUCAGUGUCUAAAAGGGUUACUGGGAUGUGUCGCUCAAAACUGUGGGGAAAAAAAAGUCAACAGAAGGCAAAAUGAGCACAAGGGGAAAUGAUUACAGAGCUGUGAGUGAAAGUUAUAAAAGUCUGUCACCUGUUCUCCUCUGUCUUUUUUGUCAAAGCUGUGUUAAGUACCACACUUUGUAGUUUCUGUAGUCCUGUGGUGCGUCUACACGUUCACUUGACUCCAGCUGUCACUUUGGAUUGUACAUGAUCAUAGAAGUCUUCCAUUCUUUGUUAGGAUUUGUCAUCGGCUGGCAUUGCACAAAAAUUGAUCUCAUAUUCAGUGACCACAUAAUGUGUGUCUGCGAGUGGUAUCAACAGCUGGAAUGGUAACCUAUAGGCCCUAGAGGGUCAAUCAUAGUGCAUGGCUGCUGGAAAUAGGUCAUGGGAUCAAUAACAACAGACUCUGCUUCUAUUUCUGGUUUUCAACGUGUCUGUGUUUUUUUUUUUUAAAGUCCCCCCUGUAAUGCUUUUCAUUAGACUGAGCCUUAAUCCUCUGAAUCAGGACAAUCAUCAUCAAUUCAAUAUUUUCAGGAGUUUUCCAGCUUAUUUUUUUAACAUCGGCAGGAAGCACUCUGCUGAUCUGUUAAACACCCUGAGUCUGCUCGUGCCAUGUGACAGUCUACCUCAGACUAAUCAGGUGGAGAUAUUUAAUGGUGUUGGUUCUAAGCCUAUCAACUGCAACUGUGGCUUUGCUCUGCUAUGAAUGACAAGUUAGUGAGAGUAGUUCGUAGAGGGUGGUGCCAGUGUGAAGAGCUGCUUGAGCUGAUUCUGUGGGUGGCUAGUGAGUGUGUGUGUUUUUUUUUUUUUCUUUUAAUCAGUGCUCUCUAGCAGGAAGAUACAGCAACAGAUGUCCCAACUUUCAUGCUAUGCUGCGAGCAGAGUUUUUAACUAAAUCGUUUUUCUAUUCUUUUCACCCCAAAAGUGAUUUUCACCUUUUGUCACAUUCAUCAAACACUAAAGGAAGGGGCUGCCAUUUAAGGUGCCAACUUUGUGGCGUUAGACAGUGAUCUUCACCCCGUGGUGUUCACAGAUCAGAUUGUUUGGCUUCUGGCAUUAUGUAAUAAGAGGCUGCUGGGCCACCUUCUUUUGCCAGUUAAAUCAUCAGUCGUCAAGCAUAUUUAGGAAACAGUGGGGGUUAAGAGCAUGAAAUGAAUCUCAGACACUUUCUUUUACGAAAGCAUUUACGUUAACUUUGCAACAAAAGCGGUGAGCAGCAGUGAUGUGUGUGUGUGUGUGUGUGUAGCGGGGAUUCUUACAUGGAAAAAACAAAAUGUUCUGAAUGCACUCAGUCCUGGCUCUGUGUCAAAGAUUCAGGUGUACGUGGUGGCAUUAUGGAAAUUCCUCCUGUCAUUACUUUUGCAUAUGAUACAAAGCCUGUAUCUGUUAAUUACAGUUAAUUCUAAUGCAACCGCUAUAAACAAUAGAAGUUUCCCUCACAUAGAUUUGAUAAGUGGCUCAGCACUGCACUAGCUCCCCUGAGGUGUAAAUGCUUUCCCCGACAUCUAGUGGGUAAAUCUGGGUUAAAACUGCUCCACACUGAAUCUGUAUCUCUGCCCCCAGAGAGCAAACGCACUGUUAGCUGCCUUUUCUGUGCCAGGACUCCUUUUCCCUCCUAUACUUUGGAGUUUUCUUUUGUUUUAUGUUUCUUUAUAGCUGUAAGAUAGCCUUCAUAUCUAAAAACAAACAGAACCUUUCCCCCAGAGAAUACGGCAGUGCUGACAUUUUCAAGGUUAAGUUAUGGCAUUGCUAAAUUGAUAAAAACAGUGAUACUUGAGUUCAAAGUGAAGCGUACCACAUGUUCUUUGGUAAACUUGUUUUCAUAUAAGAUGUUUUAGCUUAAUCAACAUCUAAUUUUGUAGGUUUCAAACAAAACACAACUAACAAUCCAUAUGUUUCUACAUUACAUUAUAGGACUAUGGGUGUAUCUGUGUGUAAGAUGCAAAUCUUUUCUGGCUCAGUUCUUACUGCAGUCAUGCUCCUUGUACUGUAUGACACUCAUAUUACAACACCUCGUAAUAUAAACACACUCUCAUCUGAGGAAGCAGCUUUCUCAUUUUUCAUUUCAGUAGUCACAGAAGAUUCUUUUUCAUACUUUUGAAUCUCUUUAUUAUAUGUCAGCUGCAGUAUUUCACCUUUUUGUCAGUUUGUCACCAUUUGUCAUGAUGUUUUAUUCAGUUCUUUUCCUCUAACAGAAAAACAGUUCCUUGUGGAUUUUUUUUGUUGUUGGGUGUUUCUCUAACAAAGUUCAGCACACGAGCGCACACUCUAAUUUAGGCUUUGCAUCUAACCUUCUUCUGACCCCCCGAUGUUUGUUUCCAUUCUGCUGGGUUGUUGGUGUAUUUAUAGAGUAAGUUUGACUCCACCGAUCCACUGCUCUUCUUUUUACAGAAGCAGUGGCGGUCUAAGUGUUCUCAUGGUAUCCAGCGCCCCUGCAAUCGAUAUGCACCUCUCACUCAUCUCUGGUGUGAUGUAUAGAGCUGCUGCUGCGGUUAAUAAAUGAAACAUUGGGCUGGAGCCCAUGUUUGUACCUCUUGCUUCUGGCAAAUGGUAAUAAGGUUCAUUUGCAAACCUGACACCACUGACAGAACUACUAAACCAUACAAUGUGUGUAUGAAUUUUACUGUGACACAAAAGUUUAUAUCAUUAGAAUUAAAGAUGGCAAUGUUAGUCCGAUUGGCUGCACUUGUAUACCUUUUUUUUAGAUGCACACCCACACACGAUGCACACGCAUUCACAAGAAGUUCAGGAGUUUUCCAAAACAAACCAGCACCUGACAAGGUUCAUCCACUAAUUUGAUUUGAACAAAAUGAGGGAGAAACGUUUUAAAACGUUGAAUGCUAGUUCAGCUUGUAUUGCUCGGUAUCCCAAACAAUACACAAUGGAAGCAAUUUUUCAGCUGCGACCAACUGCAUGCAGCUGGUCUGCACUGUCAAACUCCAUAAAUGUCUGUGACAUUUUAGAUUCAUUUGACACUAAGUGCAUGGUGCUAUUGGUGUUUGAAGGGCAAGUGCUGUUUUGAAAAGUGCAGGUAUGUCUUUAUCUUCCAUUACAGCAGCAGCGGGGAGCAGGAAAAUAAAGUGCUUUCUUAAUUAUGGUAUGUGAAAAGGGAAAAAAUAACGCAUGAUCAAUGUCAGAGCAAUACACACAAAUACUGAAAGCCUAAGUUCAAAAAUAAUGAGAGAUUCUUAAAACUAAGCAUUGAUGCUACCAUCCUCUCUGAUUCUUUUUCAAAUCACCUAUAUAUCAAGUUAGAGAUGGUGCUUGUGUAGAGUAUGUCCGUCUACAUUUGUUUUAAAGCUGUCUCUGAGUGGCAGGCCUCUCACAGAGACCCGGUUCAAUCCCUGAUAUGAUUGGCAAUGUAAAUGCCCCAUGUCAAAAAGGCUGAUAAUCUGCAGUUUCAAGGGAUGAGCUGGAGCGUCUGUGUUGAGUUCACAGCAGGGUUGUUGCAGAUUGACAUAUAUUUUCUAUUUUUAUCACGAAAGAGGUGUUUCGGAAAUGCUCGAUUACAUCAUCAUGGGUUUAUCAUUGGCCUGUAAAAGCCAUCUUUGCAGGGUCACCAUGUUGCCCUGUGCAGUGUGUCAGAUGGAUUCAAUUUUUGGCAUCAGCUACCUGUCUUAGUGUCGGUACCUUCUUUUGGCUGGACAAGGAAGACCAGACCACAUUGCUUUAAUAAGGUUGUGUUGUGGGAGUUACUUUUCUUAAUGAAGAAGUCAGGGGAGAUGAAAAAGUCAACCGGCUCGUAGGAAAGUCAGGCCAGUGACAGGCUGUGUAAUAGAGACCAGAAAUUUAAGGAAAUUGACACUAAUAGUCACAUUUAGAGCCGAGUAUGCACUGUUACUUACAGAUUCACGCUUUAGUGACUGCUCCACCAUCCUACACUCAGACAGGCAUUUAAAUCAAGAGGAUUUCCUUCGAUAGGUCGAGUAAAGGUCCUUACACACCUGGGCCAACGUGAAUAUAGAACGCGAAAUUAUGAAAUAUUUGGAGGAGAAUUUCAACGCGACCGACUAUAUACGUCAAGCCAGAUGUGAUUUUUGCGACUUUCUGGGGGAAAAAGAUGAAUCCCGGGGAAGACUUUUCCUGGGGGAAGUCACGCCUCCUUCGCCUCUAAUUGGCUAGAAAAGCUGGAAACGUCAUUACAUCCUCAAGCCAAAUGGUCAGCACUUAUAGCCAAUCAGAGGCGAUAAGAUCAGCACAUGAAACUAUGGUAACAACCGCUAUGACUCUCCACAAGUUGUCCUUCAGGUCGUUAUCUUUGUGAUGUUUGUGUCUUUUAUCAAACAGCACUCUGUUCUCAGACACGUAAACAAUCAGCCGGUCGGCCAUGUUGGAUAUACCGGUGAAUCAGCCGUCGCAACAACACGCAAUCUGAUUGGUCAGAAGUGGACACACAGAGUAUGCGAAACUUUAGAAAAAUCAACCGUGAUCUGAAAAAAUAAAUGCCGCAAUAUUGCAGGAUGGGAAAACGUUGCUGAUGUGAAUGCUUGUAUUGACAAAAUAUGGGUUCGAAAAAAAAUAUUGAUGUCCGAAAUAAUUGCACGACAAAAAUGGUCCCAGUGUGGAAGGACCUUAAACCCAAAUGUUCCAGUAAUUUCAUUUAUGCGUAGAAAUCCCCCAGAAAACAGUUAAAAUUGUGCACAAUUAAUGAACACAGCCAAUCAUGGGAUUGCAGUCUAUGUGUAGUAAAAAAAAAAUGUCACAUUGAUUUGCCACGUGUGGCCAACUUUACUAAAGCUAGUACCACAUGCCACUUUGUAAUUGUAGUGACUUGUAGGGGUUACAUUGUAUGAUCAUGUAGUUUAGUGAAUCAUCUCAUCUCUAGUGUGUUGCUAUACCAAAUUGUUUGAUAUUGUGAUUGGGUCAAUGACAGCCUUCUCUGAUCUGGAUUAAAGAUAAGCUUUGGUAGAAAGUUGGUUUUUGUUCUUGUUUGUGAGCCACACAAACCAUACCGCAUGUCCUGUAUUAGAGAGGUUUCUCAACAUUGACAUCUUGCAGACUGAAACUUUUGACCAGGUGCUUCAGGUCUGCCAAAUUUAUUGAACAACCUGGAGAUCAUCACAGUCUUAUUUAAAUAACCCACCAGCCAAAGCUAGAAUUCACUUAUGAAGAUAAAUUGCCAUUUGCACAUGCUCUUGUUAAUUAUGCAGAACGGAAAGAGUCGUGACUGUGGACCUUUUUGCUUCUCUAUCUUCAUUAAAACCUUGAACUUUUUAUUUGAUGUAAAGUUCAUUGUCAUUUUUUAAGAGUGCAGCUAUUAGUUCUAAACCGAGGAUUGUGAAAAAGACUUAACUUUUGAUACUUUAUGUUCGAUACAUUUGGAUGAUCCAGCAGAUCAGUUUCUUGCCAGUUUGCUCAACUAACCCUCAUACACGGACAACAGGCCCUGCGGCGUGGAGAAGGGGGGUUCUAAUGAGAGUGAGAAACAGUUAAUCUAUAAGGCGGAUGAGCUGACUUAACAUUAAUAACCCUGAGUUAAGUCUUUUUCGGCUCUUAGUCUAAGCAGAGGGCUCAUUGUGGUGGAUUCAGAUUUUUUUUUCUCUAUGCAGAGAAAUUGGUAAAGGUUAUGGUCUGUUUGUCUUUGUGCAAUGACUUAACUAGAUAAACAAUCCCUGUGCUCCCUGAGGGUCCUUGUAAAUAUUAGCCUCCAUUAUCCACUUGAAUCAAAAUCAGGAGGAGAUGAAGAUAAGUCUGGUGGUAAUCAUUUGAUCCAAAACACUUGCUUCCUAAACAGACACUGUCUUCAAAUUUGGCUCUGACCGUAUCUUCACAGAGGAGCCAUGUGUGACCUACUGUUACCUUCGCUGCAGGUCACACUAUGCUGAGGGUGCACCAGUGAGUGGAGAGGAAAGUGGGUGGAGGGAAAUAAGAUGUGACUGUCAAAUAAGCAAAGGGUUGAGCAUGGUUUUGAUCUGAAACCAAGUGUCAUCAGGGACAUUGCCAAUGAUUUCAAAAAGAGGACAAAUACCACAGUGACCAUUCUCCUGAGUUUAUUUAUUUUUGAGAAGUUCAUUCAUUUAAUUGAAGUAUUUGAUAAUUUAGGAAGGGAAAAUUCCUUACUUUGAAAUGGUAUUGACACCGGCCGUGUGAAGGCUGAUGCAGAUGUGAUGCCACCUGUCUCAAAUUACCUUUCAACUAUGGCUGGGCGAUUUUUUUUCAUAUCAGUCGAUAUCGAUAUAUAUCAUGAUAUGAAAAAUGAAAUUUAAGUAGGCUACUGCAUCUGUGAGGUCUUUGUGUCUCUUCGACGUUUUGUUGUAAGGCAUUGCACGAGAGAAAGUGGACUGAAUGGUCGUCUUUUUCGGCUGCACAGGCGCCAUGGGCUCCUUGCUCCGCUUGGGAUUUGUAAACUUUUGUAUUGAGCAUGCUCUGCCGUGCGGCGCUGCUUCAGGUGGUGAAAAAGAUUUUAAGUUUUCCCCGACUUUGUGAGAACAUGUACUCGACAUAAUUUGCAGUGCACAUUACUCCGCUUCAUGUCUGACCUCAAAAAACCAAAAUACCUCCACACCACCGAUGUUUUUGUGCCAGUGUUGUUGACAAUGUCAUCAUCUGUUGAGCCUUCAUGUGCAUUUCUGUCAGGGGUAGCACUCAUUUUCCUUUUUUCUCACUGACAGUGCUGUUGGCUCCACGUGUUAAAGUCCUAUGGUUGCAUGUAGCUGAAGCCUGCUGCUACGCAGUUGUUUGCUGCUUGGUUCUAAUUCAGCACAUGAUUGGUUUAGUGUGAAGCGGACCCAGAGCAACCCCCCUUUUCAUUGGCUAUUUGUAUAAUCUACCAAAACAUGGCAGAAUGCCGACUUUCGAAAAGCAUAUUGACCAUGUUUUAUAUUGACAUUGAGAGAAAUUAAUUUUCAAUAUAUAUCGUUAUUGUUUUAUCGCCCAGCCCUACAUUCAACCAACUCAUUAACCAGUCUAGCUCUAGUACUGAGGAUAAAGCUGUGUAUGCUUUAGUGCUAACUUCUUUUGAAUGACAAGUUGUUUCCACAACUAUCUGUCAGCCAGGGUGACACAAUGUGUAUCCACCCUUUUGUCCAAAUAGGUGAGGUGAAAUGAUGAUUUAGUAACCGUUAGUAGAGUAAAUACACAUGUAAGGUACGUAACUGUCAUUAUAACAUACUAUGAACAAGAUAGUUGUUGGUUUGCAAGAGCUUUGUGCAUAACAAUGAUGUAUAAGACCUGAUGAGUUUUUUAGAAAUUGAUCAAACCAAGUCUCAGAGUACCUUAGUCACAAUGUUGUUUUUUCUUACCAGUCUUACCCCCCAUUCUUGUCCAUUACAGUUUCUCUUGUGGAGCUCCUGUGUCUAGCCUCUAGUUAUUAUUCACACCCCUCCUAUUGUUUUCCUUAAUUGAGCCAGAGACAAAACUAUAAAUCUGUGGGCUGGACAGGAUCUGGCCCAGACCCCUCCUAUGAGUCAGUCUUGGCUCUCCACUGGGAAACUUGGCAUGCUCAGUAUUCUUAUGUAAAUGUCACUUAGCUGUAUGCUUGCAAGGAAGCAUGCAGAGUGCCGGUUAUACAAUAUUCAUGGGGUAGUUUUUCAUCUAUGCAUAAGCAUAUACUUUAAGUGCAGGGCAACCAGGGAAAAUAACUUAGUCACUUUAAGUUAAGAGAAGAAAUAGCAAGUGUAGGACUUAGGCAGAGCUACAAGUCCCCCUAUGUAGGUAAUAGUGUUGUAUUUUCAAUGGCUCAUUGACACAUCCUCAUAAAUCAUUUCAGAGUGAUACAGAAAGAUCACAAAUCCAACACUUUGGAGGGUUUUCUGUGUUGUAUUAUUGUGGGCAUGUUUAAUGCAUUUGGAGAGAGCAUAUAGGAGGUAGAAAAGAGUAUAGAAUAAGUCAUUAAAUGAAUCCACUUUCAUGUUCUUGCAGCAUCACUUAAAGGCGGCAUUGAGUUCAUUUUGUGGCACUCUGAAUCAGUCAGGAGAAGAGAUACUUUAACGUCUCUGGUCUGGAUGAGAAAAUGUAGGACAGCUUAGAGAAAGAAGAGCAUUUCUGGGUCCCUUCCAUCGGAACCGUGCCAUAUUCUGGGUCACAGCAUCCUGCUGCAUGUGCCUCUUGUUGAACAAGAACACUUUGUACUUUUGAUCAUUCUGGGCUUUAUGUUCUGCAUGUCAAACAAAGUUUACAUUUGUUUUGGACUAAAUUAAUCCAUGUAUUGAAAUUAGCAGUGUUUGGUUGUUUUGAGGACACGUUAAUGCUCUUGUAUGACCCUAAAGUACCCUUCCUUCCACUCCACGUCUUUCUGUUUUUCCCUUACUUGCUGUCUAUGUUUGGCUCACAUCUCCUUUGCCCUGCCUCCACCCUUUGUCUUCAUCCCUGAAGCGCUGUCAGCUAAGGGAUUUUCUCUCAGUUCACUUCUUAUUUGGGUUACUUGUGAUGUGGCUUUCUCUUUUGCUAAGUGGUUUCUCAGCCUAACCCUUUUUUAUACACAUGAUAUUUUGUUUUCAGGCUAUUUACUACUUUGUCUGUAAUAUGUACAAUGUAGAUUUCUUUUUAGCUUAAUUCAUUGCUUAAAACCUUGUAAUAAAGUCAAGUUUUGACGAUGCUUAAUUUUCUGGCUGGUACAUUCUACCACCUGUUAAAUGGCAAGUAGAGAUGGGCGAUAAAUUACCUUUCAGGAUAUAUUGUCAGAAAAAUCCUCCUUGAUAAAUAUAUGAUAAAUCCUCCAUGAUAAAGUCUCUGUUCUCGUUCACUCGCGAGACCAUUUUUUAAGGCACUCAGAAGAAAGAAAUCAUUAAGGGAAUCGUUCAGAUGAAAUGUAGUCGAUGUCGAUGGAUUGAACCAUUUGGAACCGGUUCUCAACAAGAACCGGUUCUCGAUUCCCAUCCCUAGAUGAGGUAAGCCAUAAUCCACACAAAGCAGAGUAACAAACAAACAUGGCUGAAAGGUAAUGAAGAAGACGGUUCUGAGCAGCUAGUCAUUGAACGAGGCUCCACAUGAGGAAUUUCCCUCAAGAUUGGGGAUUAGAUGAGUGCAAUCAGGUUUGCCUGACAUCGAUCAGUGGAUCUGCUGCUGCUGUUCGCUCUGUGCAAUGAGAGUUUUCAACAGAUGUGGAAAAUGUUUUCACAUUUGAGACUUGUUUGAUCUCAUUAGUUUUCUCUAUAACCUACCACUCAAACUUGUGGUUAAGUAUCUUAUUUGACGACUCUAACUGGUGUUCUCAAGACAAAAUAAGUCAAAAAUAUUGAUUGGAAUUAUAAUAUUUUCUAUUAGGACUUUUAUUGUUAUCGCCAGAAAUGCAAAUCUUAUCGUGAUUUUUUAGCCCAUAUCAUCCAUCCCUAAUAUGAACCCUGGUAAAACAUAUCAUAGAAAUGUCAGUGCGAGAAAUUUCUAUGCAGAAGUCUUGAAUCAGGCCUAUUUUAUGGGGAAGUUUAUUGAAUAGUCUCCCAGUUUGAUAAAGCUGCUCUGGGUUUUAGGGUUGCCGUUAUCACACAUCCCAGCUGUUGGAUGAUUCACUGUUCUUUGCACUGGCAGGAUUAAGAGGCAUUUCAAGGAAAAGCCAAAGUCAGAUCACAAUACGGUGUUGAAAACAGCAGUUUAGCAGUAAACAAUACUGCACACACAGUAUUGUGUAUGAAGUACAACAAAAUACUGACUUUACUUUAAAACAAAAUGCAAAGUUAUCCUGUAAAUUAGCCAGAGUAUUGUUCCCUGAAAUUGGAUUGCUCUAGUUCUCCUUAAUUCACAUCCUAGUGAGAUAUUUGUCUUGUGUAAGGGUGGUAGUCGUACGAUGGUGUGUGUGUUUGAGAAUUGUUUGCAGUAAUUGCUGCUGUGUUACUAUUGACAGAGUAAACACACACACUGAAUGGAAUCCUGAAUCCUGGAUCCUGUGAGUAUUGAGUGCUGUCAGUCACACUGUUCCUAUCAAUAAUAUUUUUUUUCAUCAGCUGGGUCUGUGAUUGACUGCUCGAUAAGUUCAUUUUCUGUUGCCCCAGAUCUUGUUUGCUGGACUGUGGCUGUAAUAGGCCAACAGGGAUGUGUGUGUGUGUGUGUGUGUGUGUGUGUGUGUGCAGGUGGCACACAGGCUGCAUUCUGCCCAGAGAGACGUUGGCGGCUCCCUAAAGACUUGGACCUGGUGGGUUAGGGCCCCACCCUCCAUAGCGCAAACAUAGUGGCGUGAGGAGCAUGGGAAGGAGAGACACGAGGCAGUUUGUCUGUCUGUGCCGUCAGAGUAAAAGUGAAACCUUACUCUAACUUUUGUGUCCCUGCAGGUGAGACAGGCUGCUCCCACAAAGGCCUCUGGAUGCGGUGUCUCCUGGGGCUCAGGUGAAUGGUAAGCUGAGUAUUAUCCUCUUGCACUCUCUGUAACGCCUUAAUAAUGCAUGCUUAGAUAAAUUGAAUGGCGAUCUGUUGAAGCCGCAAUUAAUCAAAUGGUUUGCAUGUGGCAUUCGGCUGUUGCAGUCCAAGAACAAGGUUUAUUUUUGAAGCAGUUCUCUCUCAGGCAGCAGUCUACUUUUCAAGUUUGACACAAAUCAGAGCUCAUUUUUACCCUGCCUUGCCAGAGGCCCUCAUUUUUUUUUUUAGCCGCACAGAGAAUAAGGACAUGUUUUAUAAGGUGUGAAAUAGAUUGUACAUUCUGUUUAUGCAGAGUUUUAUUUUGUUUGAUGUGAAACUGAGAUCAGAAGCUCACAGGGUGUGUCAGAUCCAUUUGGGUUAGGAGGUAGUAAAUGUUUGGGGUAGGACAAGGACAGUUGGCUACAGAAUUAUACUGCAGGGAGAUACAAAGCCUUCGAACAGGCAGUUUGCCUGGAGGACUUGUUCAUCUUUCAUAGAGUUGCACUAAAAUUGUAAUGACGAGUUACUGUUUCUUUUUUUAGCCUCCUAUACUUAGUGCUCUGUGUAUUUUAGUCUCUCCUGGUUGAGUGUGUGAGUAUCUUCAUGUGGGUUGGUUGAAUAAACAGUACUGGAGACAGUCAGCUGUUGUACACAUCUGUUCAUGGAAAUCAUUACUCCAUUCACCGAAGCCCUUUUACUGUAAAAAGGAUCUCUGUGGUGGAAUCGAAUUGGCUGUAGUGACACAGAUACUUGACUAUCUCUACUUAAGUUUUCUGAUAAUGUGUUGCGGUUCCAUCAGUGAGAAAUUGCUUUGCUAGUUUGUACAGCCUUCAGAUGGUGGCAGACUGUUUGUAGUGGGGGAAAGAAAAAAGAGAAAAAAAACACCACUUGCCCGCUCUCAUAUCAGUCAGGAAGCUUUUGGACUCAGCCUUGCCCAAGCUGUUUAUCUUGGCAUGAGCCUGUAGCACAGAGACGUAUGAGAUUUAACAGUAAAUUACACAUUAACCAGGGGAAAAUGUCUGAACCUGCUUACUGCAGCUCGAACACAGACCAUUCUUUAUAUUUUUACAUCUGCCUAAAAACCUCACAAACAUUCUGUCUUUCAUUAUCAUGGAUAUAUAGAGAUGGACACCUGAAGAGGUGUGUUCCUAACUGACUUGUUACUAAGUUCCAAUAUCUGUUCUGCUCUUUGUUAUUAGACAUAAUGUUGUGCCCACUAUGUAAUAUCCAUCAUACUCUUUUAGUUUGAGUCACACAGUAAAAGCUGUUGAGCAGAAUGUGCAGAAGUGGUUCUAUUCCUAACGUGUCUUUUUUUGAAUCAUCAUUUCAGUUUUUUUAAACUGCAGUGGUUGUGCUAAUAAUAGACACAUAAAUACCUGUAAAAGUCAUAUUUAUUUUUCCCCCUAAUGUCUCUCAUCUUUAUGGACUUAUUUCUGUUUCUUUGUACCUUGAGGUUGUCCGAGUUGAGUCAUUUUGUGGUGGGUAGCUUUUGAGGCGUUAACUUGUUUUUACAGUCUGAUCUCUCUUGUUCACUCUCUUGGUAAAUAGCUGACCAAAAAAAUUCCGUACAUGGUUGCUGGUUGAUUGCAUUUUUUUUUUCCCUUUCCGUACUUCAAUUCUUAUCAGUUGUGCAACAAAUCCUUAUAAAUAAGGAACUUAAAGCAUUGCGUAAAAGGACAUGGAUGGGUCAAACCCUAAAUUAUUCAAGACCUAUAUAUUUUAUCCAAUCCCAGGCUGUAGACAAGUCAUUGUCGAAGGCGUGACCUUUUUAAAAUGAGUCUAAAGAAAAGGUUAGUCACAAAUUGGUUGCCGGGCAGAAUAAAUUAAGCUUAUGUUUAGUCGUAUUGCACCUAUUGUAUUGUGGAGAAAAUGGGGUUUCUAGCUGCCUCUUUUGAUCAACAAAGUGUGGAUCAACUGUACAAAUAACGGUAGUGCUUGUGAGGUUAGUGUUUGUUGAUUGUGUUCCCUUUCUUUGAUCUGAGACUCUUCCUGUUGUCUAACCAAUCUAGACCCUUCAUUCCUCUCCAGAAUUUUUUCUUUAUAUAUAGAAUUUCAUUUUGAACACGAACAACAAUCAAACAUGGUACAAACUAAAGACAUAAGCACAAAUGAAUGACAGUUAAAGUAUAAAUUACCAUAAUAGAUUUCCAUUUUGCAAAGGUGCCAAAAUAACGGAGGCAAUGAAUAAGUUGUGAUGCUGUAUGCAUGAGUAGAUUUGAGGGGAUGAGCGGUGAAAUAAAAGACAAAGUACCGUAUAUGAUUAUGAAGAAUAGAAAUGCUGUAUGUGGUGGUUAUGUUUAAGUAUACUGAGUUAAUAUACAAGGCCCCUUUAGUUUUUCUAAUAGUGCACUCAUAUCUGGCAGCGGCUUAAUGAAGAAGAAGAGUGUAAGAGAAACAGAAAAUUUUGUAAGCGAAAGUCAACUGGAUAGGUGACUGUGGCUUCAUCAUUUUACAACACACUUCACAAAUUUAGAGUUGUUGUUAUUUUUCUAGAGGAAGAAGUUGAUUUUGAAAUCAUCCAAAGGUUCUCAUUUUUUUGAUAAAUGCUGAGCAGGAAUUUCCUCUGAAAUUCUCGACAGGAGUGAAAGUGGAUCCCAGUGUCUGUUCAGUCAUCUGAUCCAUAGACAAGUUCAAGCCUCAUUACAUUAAUGUGGCUCUUAGGCUGGCUUGUGACGAGACUAUCAAGUGACUGUUUGGACAAGAGGCAGAACUUGUAUUCUUAGCAGGCUGACCUAGUUACCUCUCAUUCAUUGUUGAACAAAUCAUGAGCAGAAGCCUUUCAUCUCAGGAACUGGAACAGCCAGAAGUCCAGUUCUCAUUGGUCUGCUAAUAGUUUGUCGUUCAGGUGUGUAUUUCACACAUAUGUGGAGGUUUGGAUGAGGUGAUUAAUGGUGAGAAGCUGGUUGAUGUCUCUUUUUAAGCUGUAUGACACUACUGCUAAAGGCUCCAAUGCCUCUAAUGCAGCGCUUCCACCAAACCAUUUUCACAGUCCCAGACUAAAAACUGAAAGUCUUCAGUAAAUCUUGGAUUUUUACUGGAGUCACAGCAGAGUCACGGCGCGCUCCCAUCAUCUCGAUCGUUAAGUUUAAGGUGGUAAUCUGCGCUUGUUUAUAUCAGUCUUUUCCUAGUCUUGGAUUGAUGCGAUUGCAAUUCGCCGUGACUUAACACAACCAACAACCAAUCGAUGAGCUCUAACAAAAGCAGAAAAGGAAACCUGACCAGUCAAAACAAGAAGAAAAAUAAUGUAUGAAGAAUAACUGGUGAUAAAAAAGGAGCAGAUAGUGGAGCUGUGAGCAGAUCAGACUUGCCUGUUCAACAUCAACUGCAGGGUUUCCCCUACAUGUGAUGACGCACCGCAACGCCUCAACAAUGAAGUCUUUUACGCACUACCUGGGACUCAGUAUGAAUCAGUGUGGUGCACUCGGGCUGCACCAUGGGGCAUGCAUGCCGAGUAUUAGCAUUAGCUAGUUCCAAGUUGUCAUGUGCGAACACACAGCUGAUCAAUGAGCCGCCCCCCAAAAUCACACACCACCACAGAUAGAUUCCCCCCCCAGUGGGAAACAUUGAACUGUCAAAAAAUGCUACAAGAAUCUAGUUGUAGUCUUGUAAAUAGUGACCCUGCAAGAUUCACAAUGUUUGUACAUUUUCAGUCAGAGACUAGGCUGAGACUAAAAUCUCUAAGCACUUGUCUUUAGACGUGAGCAGGUGUGAGCUGAUAGUUUCCUAGAAAUCUUUCCAGGAAUCUUCUCAAAGUCCUCUGGUGGAUAGCUGGCCUAAGAUGGGUUCUGAGUUUAAUUCUUUAUAAACUGACAGUGCACUGCAAGUAUAAGCAUCAGCUGCGGCCAGCAAUAAACACUGUGAGCUAAAUCUGCCUGUGUAGGUGUGCGAUUGCUGUGAGUCAUUUUGUGAGUGCAGUCUCUGCUUCUUUUACCCUCAAUCCUCUGCUUUUCCUCCAGUUUGUUCAUUCAUAAAGUUCUGUAAUUCCGGCAGAGACCAAAAUGUUCCCUGAAUUCUUACACUGAGGCUUUGCACCAAAUUUUAGCUGGCUAAGCACUCUUAUAUUUAUAGCCACAUCAUUUCCUAUUCAGUUUUUUAAAUAUCCAGUCAGUGUUUUGUUAGAUUGCCAGUUCUGGAGCAAAUGGAAGGAAGGAGCAGGGGUUUCUGCUGCCAAACAGAGAUGUGUAGAAUCCAUGACAAAAAGGAAAAGGUCCCUAAAAAGACUGAUUAAAUGUCAGAUAUAAUCCAUAAUUAAUUCAGUUUUAGCAGCUGCUCAUUGUUUAAAUUGUACAUUACAGUCUGAAAGGCAGUCUGUUAUGGGCUGCCACUCUCUACCUCCCACGUAACUGCUCCCCGUUUAAACAUCAUUAAUUUAAGUCAACUAAUCGACACCCUGUCACUCACCAUUCUUAACUUAAUGACCCGCCUUCUGUCCAGUCAGGAUUGGCUGUACCAGGUCUCUGCUGGCAGACAUCUUCUUCUCAGCCUCUCACACCUCUUCUCUUUCCAGCAGACAGACCAGAGAUCCCCAGAGAGACCACACUUUGCCCUGCCCUUCCCCUUCACUGCCUUAAUCAGACACAGGCUCAUUAUCUGCUCCUUUUUCUGCGUCUGCUUCUUUGUCCAAGCACCCUCACCAGCUUAUUAUUUCCUCUUCUGCCACGGAGGUUUUCAGCUCUAUAAAAAGGCCUUGUCAUAAUGUAAUAAGGUCCUGAAAUUGCUGCAGGAACUUAAAGUAGAGCAAAAGAAAGAAAGCAAUUUGCAUACCCCUUAUAUAUAAUCCAAGGUGCAGUUUGAGAAGUGAAAUUGGCUUUAACAUUUCUCUCCGUUUCUUUUUUGUUUUGGAAUUUUAAAUAAGGGAGUUGCCUUUUAGAGCUGACUGCAUUACAAAUAUGGAUCACAGGGCGUUGUCCUUGGCUAGUUAUGCUUCUUUAAGUGAUCAGUUUUCAUUGCUUGUCUCCAGCAUUGUCAUGAUACCUAAGUAACUAAUCAAGUACCUAAGGAUUUAGUGUUGCUAUUCCUGGCUUAACUAAACUAGGUAUGACAAACAAUGGUAUGGUAUAGUGGUGGGAGAUAUGGCUUCAAAUUAUAUUAUGAUAAAUCAUUGAAUUUUGUUUUCUUUCAUGUUUUUAGACCAGACAUUUCUAAACAACACCAAUGUGUAAUGGUGUAUAUAUUGUGAUAAAAAAGCUUGUUGUAUUGAAGGAAUCGUUUGAGUUAUAAUGAUAAAUAUUUCAACUCCUUCAUGAAAUACUGAAAUGCCACUCACAAGCAGAAAAAAGGUUGGAGGCUGGUUAGUGCCUUUAUUUCAGUUACGUUCUGUUUGAUUUAGCUGCAGCUCAACCCCAACUGAGAAGCAAGACAGACAUUGUAAGCUGUUGGAAAUUAUGUAAUGUCGCACACUCAUAUGUGCCCCCCCCCCUCCAAAAAGGAACAAGCCUGCGAUGCAAUAAUAACAAAGAAUGUGUCAACUAUCUUCAAAUGAGCUAACUUUUACCUAAACUUUUUAGCAGUGUUUUCAAUAACACUGUUGGGAGCUACGAUAUUUACAGUCGCUCGCUUUUUUGUUGAUCAUAAGACAAGCAAGUCCUCAGUUAAAACACACCGUCAUGCAGGUAGAACAGUUAUGAUGGACAUUUGAGUCCCUGCUGGGCUGUGCUCAAGUCAAACCUCGUGGAACCCUUUUUAGCUCACAGCAGCUGUGUUGAUAUCACACUUUUUGCUGGUUUUACUGUGAAUGGCUUGAUGUUGCACAGCCCUUGUAUGGCGUAUUAAUUUUUUACCGGCAUAUGACAAAGCAAGAAAAAAAAAUAAAUACAUCUAACAAAAUUUGAAAGAAACAGCAUUUUAUUUUUUCUGGUUGAGACUUAUGCUGUGUGAGUCACUUCUGUAUAACUAUUUACUGCAAGUAAGAAAUAUUGUUAUGUCAGUUUGACUUCAAUAAGAAGUAUUGUAUGAAAAACAGUUUGGUUUGACCACUGGUUGUCAUUUUUAAAGACCAAGCUUACUUAAUUUCUCUUUUAGUUACUUCACUAAAAAAAAAGCAUUUCUUCAAUAAUGGAUUGAUCAAUCGAUUGAUCACGAGGAAUUAAAAAAAAACUGUAAUUGAUAGAUGUGGUUUUGUUACGCUUGAUCACUAAAAAAAAAAGAACUGAAAUUCCCAAGUAUCUUUUAAUUCCCCAUCCACAUCUUUGGUGACUUGCAAAGUUAAAAAGUCUUCCAGGUUUACUAGAAGUCUCUUCCGCUGGGAUUCAGUGUCUGAUUUUCAGGCAGCAACUUCUAUUACAGAGGUUUCAGUUUUAGGUUUCACUCCUUGGACACUGUGAUGAUCUCCAGUGGGUUCACUCUGGCCCUGUGCUUUAAGUCUGUUCUUGAUUUUCCAACAGCAAGAACACAGUCAAAACCAAAGCAGGGGUAACUGUCAGUGCAAACCAAUCUCACACCUGCAGUCUCUAAACAGAAGUGUUGAUUACCUCUGGAUAUUUAAAUACUUUGAGAGCGUCCUCUUCUGUUUACAUGGGCAAUAAGCACAUAUGAUUAUGCACUUGUGUUCAAACAAAAAGGCAAUGCUCAGCACCGCUGCAUUCAUCAGCUUAGCCUAACUUGGCCUGCCUAAGGCUGGUUCUCACACUCAGCCUCUUCUGGCCUUGAUCCAACCAUAUAGACGGCCAGCUGGCUCUGUCUGUCUACCAGGUCAAACAUGGCCCCAGUGUGUAGAGCCACUCUGGAGGUUUAAGACUGAAAGUUUGCAUUUGAGAUGGAAACUAAGACAGUGGUCUCUUGGUGUGACAGCAUGGCUUGACCUUGUUUUCCAGAGUAUAGGCACGUUCACAUGGUACAAAUAACAUCCACUUUCAAAUGAGCAGAGAGGGAGGUGCUAUGUUUUUAGAUUGUAAGGUUUUGGGUUUUUUUUGCACACUGCAGUUUCUCUUUAAGAUUUCAGGCUCUAUAUAUAGUUUUGUAUCUAGUGUUGUCAGAUGGUCCAUUAAAUGUCAUGUCCAGUUUCAAGAUGCUGAUUGUCUUGAAGGGAUAUUCCGGCGUAAGUUUAAGCCAUGGUCAAACACACCAUGACACUUGUUAGACAUCCCCUGGAGAGAUGAAUAUUGCAGACUGCUUGCUUCUCCAGUUAUAUCAACUUCAGCAACAACCGCAUGAUAGCAAUACACAGCGGUUUAUGUCUCCAUGCGCAAACCUCAACCAAAAAGCCACUCUAUAGCCACAAAUAAUGCUCAGAGCAGCACCUAACUUUGUCAACAGUACAUAUAGGGUCCCAGCCACAGUACUAGCCACCAAGCAUCUUUUUAGCUUUGCCUGGUUUCUUUGGCAAAGAGACUAAACACAACUCACCCUCUCUCUUCCAGCAGCCGCUUGUUUGUUGGGAGGCCCUGACGAGUCGAUCACCAAGUGCAGCGGAAAUUUCACAGCUCAAGGAAGAACAUUUAUGAUUAUUACUAUAUGGAAAUGCAAUCAGAGUACUCGUGUAUCUUGUAUGUGCACUGCAGACACGGAAGUCCUUCUGCCUUAUCGUCUUGGUCUGAUAGCAUCUAACUCAGUGUUGUGGUGUGUUUGACCAUGGCUUAAACUUACGCAAGAAUACCCCUUUAAGAAGAGAUGUGGUUCAGGAAGUUGCAAAAGUAGAGGACAGAGAGGAUGUUUCUUUUGGUACACAGAGUUUGUUGUGUGUUUGAACUUGUAUUUUCACACAACUAUGUAACCAUGUCCUGAGUUUUCAGUUUUGUUUUAUCUUUGCACCCCUACUUUAACCCUUGGCCUUAACCUGAGUCUUGACUUGUUCUUUUGCACAGGGGGAAGUGAAGGGGGGGAAGCUGGGUAGCACGGGGUGUAGCCGAGGUUUGCGUUAUGGAUCAGCACAUGCCCCACACAACAAAAGGGGAGUGGGGGUCCUAUUUUAAGUAAGGUCAAAAUGUGAAGUCUCGCUGGAAGGAAUUUUCUUCAUGUGAGCUCCUUGAUAUAUACCUACACCCUCCACAAGUCUUUGAAUAGAAGAACUAUACCACACAUCCUCCCACAGUGGCACAAAAUUAGCCUCCUGUGUCUGCCUUUUUAAACUGUUACAGUAGACCUAGUUCUGCUGUCUUCUCUUAUACAAUAGUAAGUAGUCUUGUUUUCUUUUUCAGUGCAGAUAAACAAAUAUAAUGAAUGCACCUUAUUUUUGCUUACUGCUCCUCUCAUUUCUCGGUCAGGGCUGCAGUUGCAAUGGCUUGUUAGACAUGUGCAACAUCAAUUAUAUAUUUCUUUGCUUAAGCUUGGUGGAAACAUAGGCUCUGAAUGAUCAAGAGCUUGUGUUAUUAAGAUAGAAUUUAAUCGAUUUAGAUGGAAAAAUGCAAAUUAUACUGAAGUGGCUUGUCAUUUCCUCUGAUUUCAGAAUUCCUUUUUGUUAUCAUGCCUGCACUGCACAUCUAGGAUUUGAAGUUGUUUUUAUACGUCUGGAAAGAACAUAUUCAUGUUUCCUCCAUAGGAGUAAUAGGUCAAAUAAUACUUGUGGGUGUAAUCUAUCUGUGAUCUAUUCUUCAGCAUCAUUAGGGACAGAUGUCUGUGCAUCUUGCUUGUGUUUGCUUGGCCUCACCCUCUCUAUUUAAGCAUUUAAAAAAAACAAGAAGCCUCCCUUGUACACGCUGUCACAGUGUUCCUUGUUGAUGUACUUACUGUAAAUGGCAGCAGCCUAUUGGUGUAUAUCUAGGUCAUAUGGCCAUCCAUUAGUCUUAUCGUCACUGGAGACGGGGUUAACAGGGUUGGGGGUGCUGAAGGCAGCACAGAUGGAAGGAUGCAAAGAGUGUCUGGACUUAAUCUGCGCCAUCAUAUUAGCAACAGCUGGCUUUGUGCUGGCUGUAACACUCUCACACUUAGGUCGAGCACAUCCUGCUGUAAGCACAUAUGGAAGACAAACAUUUACAAAAACAGCUGGACAAAGAUGAAGGUUUCUUUUGAGAGAUAAUUGAGAUCUGAGCAGGGGUUACUGUCACAGGAACAAAAGGGCAUACCAUUAGAUUACCUCUUUAAUUUUCAUUUUUGUCUGGCCAGCUCAGCUGUCAUAAAUCAAGUUGAAAAGUGUGUUUUCUUGUUUUGGUUUGGUAUAUUUAUUUUGUUAGAAAAAUGCAAAGUCCAAAGAAAAACUGUGUCACUGCGUCGUCUGUCGCCUCAGCACUUCAAAAUUCCUCAAACUCAUGAUGUGAAAUCCCAAACAGCUGGAAAAUGUAGAAAAGUGCUUUAGUCAGGGCAGAACUUGGUGAAUUAUUAAUAUGCAUAAUAUUAUCUCAUAUAGCUUCUGGCUUCAGCAGUAACAAAUGACAGUGUGCUAGCCGAGGAUGUGUUACACACCCUUCUGAACUGUUUUGUAUCAUAGAGCUUCAUUAUAUAUCUACAUUGUUGCAAGGCCAGAGGCAAGCAAUGUCUAACAUUAAAUGGGUCGACAUCACGUCAUGCUUUCGUCUAAGGAGAAACUGUCGAGCUUCGUCAAACUCUCAACACUUCUUUUAUUUGCUGAUGUUUACAAGCUAGUGGCAACAGUCGUAGCUCCAAGUAAAAUGGUUUGGUCUGUUCAGAGCUGACCUUUUGCCUUUACAGACUGAGGGCUACUUUGCUGUGUGUGUGUGUGUGUGUGUGUGUGUGUGUGUGUGUGUGUGUGUGUGUGUGCGCGUGUGUGUGUGCGCGUGUGUGUGUGUGUGUGUGUUUGUGUGUGUGCAUGCAUAGCUGGAAGUAGUUGGGGGGAAAAUGACAGCAGGGACAGAGGGUGAAGGGACUGCACGGGUGCUAAAACAGGGAACUUAAACUCCAUUUGACAUUUUGUGCCGCAAAUAGCAGAAGUGUUGACAGACCGGGUGAAGCUGUGUAAUUUCAGAUUAGUGGACAUUGUUUGGAUCUAAAAAGAGCGUUCUUUAAAGUCUGAACUUAACUGAGGAAGGAGACACUAUGUCACCACCGAUAAAAACCAAAUUCCACUUCACACAGAGACUCAGUCGGGAUACACAGUUGGAUAAGUCCCAGUGGUUAAUCUCUUUGGUUCAAGAUAAUCAGCUUCAAUCAAUCAAUCAAUCAAUCACUCACUCAAUCAAUCAAUCAAUCAACUUUAUUUCUAUUGCACAUUUAAAAGAACCACAGGGGUAGCCAAAGUGCUGUACAUUGCGACAUAAAAACAAAUAAAACUAGAAAAGCACUCGGAGAGCACAGACUUCCGCCAAGCAGCUCAUGUUCCCCCGUAUAUUGUGAUUCACACCAAAACUUUUACUGUUACGUGUCUUUUAUUAACUUUUAUUUGUGUUUAAACUGGUAUGUUCACUGUUCAUAAUGUUCCUAAAACAAGAAAUGCCCUGACCCCGAUUUGAACCCAGGACCUUCAUGCUGUGAGGCAACAGUGCUAACCACUACACCACUGUGCUGCCCAUCUACACCACUGUGCCACCCAUUGGUUAUCGUUCAGCAUUGAAAAUUCCGACGACACCCUUAUUUUUGUGUGUUCUGAAUCACAGUAUCCGGAAUUUUGUCUGGAUCAGGAUCAACCUUUGACACCUCAUAAAACUCAUUGAGAUCCUUUUGUGUAAUUUUUUACUAAAGACUCUGGCCAUUUUUAUAGAGUUAAAUGCAAAAAUUCCAAAAUUUGCCCUAUCUCACAAUGAUAAAGAAUCCUUCAAAAAAUUCCUGGAUCCAGAAGGCGAUCCGGAUCACCACCAAAAUGUAAUGGGAUCCUCCUGGGGCUGAGACAAAUUUCAGGUCAAUCCGUCUGUUACUUUCUCCGUAAAGUUGCUAACAGACAAACCAACAAACAAACCAACAAGCAAACCAACGCUACCGAAAACAUAACCUCCUUGGCGGAGGUAACAAGCAAAGAACAAGAUAGAGCGAGCAAAAAUACAUAAAUGCAACAAAUAAAUAUAUGAAUAAGCAGGCUCACGGCAACUGCUAAGAUAACAACAAACAAAAUAGCACUAAAGAUGUAUUAAAAGCCAAGGAAUAAAAGUGCGUUUUUAAAAGGGCUUCAAAGUAUCCAUAUUCUUAUCAUGUUGACACACUUUUCUUGCAGUAUAAAACCAUAAUUUUGCUCUAUUAAAUAACUGUUAAGCCAUUGUAGCUCCUUCACGGCUGCUUCAUGUUGGUUAAACCAUAGGAGCUAUCGUAAAAACAUGUGUACAAUGUCUUUGACUACAUUUGUAUUGUAGAGCUAGCAAUCACAGGGGGAUUUACAAUGCAAAUUUCCUGCGCUAACAUUACAGAUAUUAAAUACACAACUGUAUUUGUUGGCAAAGGGAUUGGAAAUGAAGAAAAUCCCUCCUCCUCACACAGAAGCAUGAAAUUAUUGUUUCCAGAACCAUCCUGAGCAAUUGUCAUUUGAAUCACUCUUGGAUAUGAGAGCUAGGACAUAGAGCCUACCUGCAGUAUUGGUGUGUGCACCUGUGUGAGAGAGAUUUAUGGCUGUCAAAUCAGUCAGACAUAAUAACUUCAUACAAGUGAGAACAUGUUGGUGUGUUCCCCUACCAGAAAGUGUCAUGAUUACUAAAAACAAGCAUGUCCCACGUGACAGAAAGACAAGUGCUUCUGCUGUGACAAGGUAACUGUGGGUCAGACGUUUUGUUGUUGUUGUUGUUGUAUCUGGCUCUUUUCUCAUAGUUCAAGGUUAAUAUAUAACGCAGGAAUGUGUGUUAUUGACUGGCUUUGCUGUUAUCUUUUCCACAAGAUGUUCCUAUCACUAGCUAAAUAUUAGCCUUGCGCCUGCGUAGCAUUGCUGUGGUAGAUAAAAUUGUAAGACUAACCCUGCAAACCACAGGCCCAGAGGUGUGUGUGAGUGCAUGUUUUGGUUCAUUGUCGAAAAAGUUCAGAGAGGGGCUAGCAUGAGCAAAGUGGUGCUAUAUUUCUGCUGGGGCUCUGACUGAAUGGAUUUAUCUCAUAUUUUUCCGUUUAAGACUACAGAAGCUAACUUGAAAAAAAGUGAAAUUUCACUGGUCAGAAUUGGAGCAGAGGUCAUUGUACUCUGGUCUUUCUCCUUGCCAGGCCAGGCUAGAUAGUGUGUCAUUAAUGAAUGCUUAACCUGAUAUGCCAGUGUCCCUUUGCUAUAGCAGUCUGGUUAUGUUCACCCCACCCCCCAGUAGUACUGUCUCUAUUACACAGACUAUCUUUUCUUUUUUGAAGGCCAAAGCUGAGCUUUCAAGACUCAAAGAACACGGCCAUGAAACCUUUUCUUUGCACCGGGAAAUGAAAAGCUCUUCAGUGUGUUUCCAUGUAGUUAAAAUAAACCAUUUCUGUCCUUAACUUUACAUUUGAAUACCAGUAUUAUUAUAAGGCUUUGUUGUUUAAACAAGUAUGUGAUUAUGAUUUGCUGUAGGGUGUCUGUUUAGAGACAGCUGGACCGCAACAAAGCAAUUCCUUUGAAACUACAGUCAUAUGCUGGCAGUAAGUCAUUUUCAACUCAUUCAACUCGUUUCUAUACAACAAUUAGGGACUUCGACAACUGGGAAGUGAAAGCAAACAUCCUUUUGCUAUUUACAAUGCAGUGUAGAUGUCUUUUUGUGCAUGGCUGGGUAUUGUCAUGGACCUCCAGAUGCAGCAUGUAUUAUACAAAGGAGAGUAUCAGUAAACUUUUCCAUUACAGCCUUUAGCUGGUAAAUUCCUUGAUCUUCUGCCUCAGAAAAAGGUUAGCCACCGGCUGCUGUAAGUUGAGUCAUUUUCUCAUGAAUUGCUUUAGCUUUCAGUUCAAGUAAACGUUCCACAGUUCUCCAACUGGCAUUUCCUGUUUCUAAUGCUAGCUGUGGCUGCAACUGUUUAAUAUUUCUUUAGUUAUCAACACUCUAGUGGUAACCUUUCAGGUGUCUUAAAAGAUUUAAAAUACAUUUUAUUUGUAUAGCACUUUUACAGGAGCUCAAAGACACUUUACAGAAAGUUAAAAAACAUAACUCAAAUACAAUGAGGCAAAGAUUAAUAGUAACAAGCUAAAAAUAAGAUAAAUCGAAUAAAAAGAAUACAAGUGUGAGGGACAGAUGUGAGGGGUGGAAUAAUGGUGAGUCAGGGGGGGUCAGGUAAUAAAAGCGAGUGUGAAAAAGUGGGUUUUGAGGGCAGAUUUGAAGCUGAUGAGGUCCGGGCAUUCACAGAUGUGUUUAGGAGUUCCAGAAGGUGGGGGUGGAGACGCUGAAGGUCCGGUCCCCCAGGGUACGGUGCUUGGUUUUGGCUUGGGUUGAGAGCGGAGAGGGGCGGUUUGGGGUGUGGCGAACAAUGAGGUCAGACAGGUAGGGGGGGUCCAGGUCGUGGAGGGACUUAAAGGUGAAUGUUUGCCAUCUCACGAUAAAUGAGAUUGGGGUUUAGAUGAGCACAAUCAGGUAUGCCUGACAAUGGACCGUAGAUCUGCUGCUGUUCACUCUGUGCAGUAAGAGUUUUGAAUAAAAGUUCAAAGUGUUUUCAUAUUUAAGACUCAUUUGAUGUCACUAGUUUUUCUCCAUAACCUACCACUUAAUCUUGUGGUUAAGUGUCUUAUUUGAUUACUCCUACUGGUAAGUGCCAUUUAAGAACAAUGUUUGUGGGGUUCUCAAGGCAGAAUAAGUCAAAAAACAUAGAUUGGAAUUGUAAUAUUUUUCAUCGGGACUCUUAUCGAUAUUGCCAGAAUGGCAAAACUUAUCGUUAUAAUUUUUUUCGCCCAUAUUCCUUAUCCCUAGUGCUCACUGACAUUGCAGUUAUGAUGGAAAAAAGAAUAUUUCCAUCAACCCUGUGGUAUGAUACCAGUAAAAAUGUAAUGGCACUAAUAUGUUUUGAUACAUCAUCACAGGAUAAAAUCUCCUUUGCCUUAAACCGAGCAGAAGGGCUGUAUGAGCUGUGCAGCAGACCUGAAAUGUUUCUCAUAUGUUAAGCGGCAGUGGGUUUUUUUUUUCUGUCUCAUGGUGCUAUCAUCAUGGGCUUGUGCAAUUCUCCUUCAGUCUGCAGCAACAAGGCAGACACAACCACAGUCACGUAUGCACAUCCACACACUCACUUUUUGCACUUACGUCAUCCUCACACACACACACACACACACACACACACUGGCUCACUGGAAUGGCCUUCAUUUAUGCUCAACUGACAGGCCCACACGCAGCACAUUGAGUAUGUGUGGAUUCCACACCCAUUGCUCAGUCUAGACCGCGUAAUAAUGCUCAGACGCACAGUGUAUCUCUCAACCAAUCCCGCCCUGCAGGGACUGGUUAAGAACCAGCUGUGAUUGGUUUGUCCAGUCAGUCUGCAUGUCUGUCCCACAUCUUGACCCGCCCCAGGGCCUUGGACUGUAAGUGGUAUUAAUUCUCUCUGUACAUCUGUCCCAGUACACUUUGGCAGCUCUUUGUGUCAUGCUGUGCUCAGAGUUGUGUAAUGCUGAAGCAUCGUGCUCUUUUUCAUGCAGCAUGCACCACACUCAGGGUUCAGUGCUGCACUACACAUGCACACAUGCACUGCAGCAAUGGAAUGUCUAUUAAUAGAGCUCCUCCACACAGACAAAUAAGGCUCCUCUUUGGGAAGAAUACAUUUACCUUCCACUCUUCUAUCUCAGUUCCUCAUGUCUGUCUGCUGCAAGGUAACUCAGGGCAGAAUGAAGAAGCGCACAGAAGAGAUCAGAAAUAGGACGGGAGUUGGGAGGUUAGAGAAAUGAGUCAGAGGCAGGGAGUGGUGUGAUGAGUUUACGGAUGUGAGUAUAUUUUUAAUAUGCCUAUGUAUGACGAGGGAGGGUACAGUUUAACUGCAGUGCCAACACUCCUCCGGCAUUACCUGUGCUUUCUGAUUCUCCAGUUGAAGUCACAGCACAGCCCACAGGUUUUUUUUUUUUACCUCUAUUACUUACCUGUGUGACAUGCUGACAUAGUGCAUUUCCCCCCCAUGCAUCAGUGAAACAACAGCUGAAUGAUGUGGGAGAGUGAUAAAGAUGAAUCAGACUGUGAAAACAUUCUAUGAAUGAAUUUUAUGUAACACAAUGUUCUUGGAGGUUGUAAUGGAGGGCUUGUAGGCGAGACUGCUCUGUAGGCUGGGAGUCAGAGGGUCUGCUUGUCUACUGUGUAUGUUGUUUUUACACUGAAUGAAAGUGAAUGGGAUCAUAUUGAUCUAUUGAUUUGAACACAGAACAUUGUGGCUGUCCAGACAGACCCAGGUGGUACCAGCUACGCUCCAUUUACUUCAAUGCUACACCGUCAGUUCCGAUUUGCUGUGACCAACUCACCUUCCAUGUGAACAAGCACAAUGAUCCGUCUGGAAACAGCACUGACCUUAGGCGCUUGUUAAUAACAUGCUAUUCAUAGUUUGGUUCUUGUCAAUAGUUACUGAGAGCAGUGGAGGGAAAGAACAGAGGAAGGAGAAAACAGGCACAGUAGGGCUGCAUGCCACAGUGUUUUUCUCCUCAGAAAAAAAGAAGAAAAACAUGUCCUUCAAGAAAAGCACAGGAGUCAUAGAAGAUUCAGAGCCUUCACAGAUCUGUCCUUACAUGUGAUAUUCUGUUUGCAUACAGAGUUUGUCAUACAGCUUCUUAGCUUAUGCGAGAAUUGUAACCUAAAAAUAUGCCUCAUUCUCUCACAGCUGUGAAUGAACAAUGGCACAAUCACAAUGACAACAUGAGGCUGCAGAGCCACAGCUUGAUCCUGCUCAAAUCUGCAGCAGCCACGUUUGUCCCAGUUUGUGCGCAGAGAUGUGCAUCUCAUUAGCAGUUUGGAUUAUUGUUGAUGUUACUGGAAUAAUGAAAGAUGCAGCAUUAUUUGGGGGAAGUCAAAUUUGAUGUAGGCAGGGAGGGAGGGAGGGAGGGAGAGAGGGCGAAGGAUGGUAAUGGUGGUGUGGGUGAUAAUGGACAGUGAGCCUCUGUGAGCAGAGUGACCGAAGUUUGUCAGAGUCACUAUCUGUCACACAGACUGACAAUGUGAAGACUGAACUGCUUGACACUGCUGUGCACAGUGUUGUUAUGCUGUUAUGAGGGAAGGCUGACAUGUACAGUUGGUCUUUGUUGGUGCUCGAGAGAAGGGAACCAGACAGAAUCACUUCAGCCUCUCUGAAUGCUAGACUUAGAUUUGCAUGCAUGCAUGCAAGAAUUUCUCACAUUUGUUCAAAUAAGAAUGAUCUUUCUUCUUGUCUUUUCUCUUUCCUUUGUAAAUUCUCCCAUUUUUUCCUCUGAAAUCCCUCUUCUCUCCUCCCCCCUGCAGAGGACAAGCUGGUUGUCAGCAUGAAGGAGGAGAAUCUGUUCCAGCGGAGGUUUUCUCUUUGCCCCAAUGCCACCUCCCCACCCAAAAUUGACCCCCGCUCCCUCACCCGUAACCUGUCUUAUGGAGGAGACAAGGACCUCUGCAACCUCAGCCCAGGUAGAAAGAGUUCAAAGCUGACAAAUGCAAUGUAAAUAUGGCAUGUGUAAUAUAUGGGAUAAGCGUGUUUCGAUCAGCGUGGCUGAAAUGAUGACAUUCUGUUUUCGACUGUGUUUCCUUCCUUCAUGAACCUGAGCUGCUGCUUUUGAGAGGGGGGCUGCUGUGCUUUAAUUGUUUUUUAACCAGGUUUAUUUACAGAGUUCAUUUGUUUGUGACUAAAUGUUGUGGGCUCCCACCAGGCAGUGACACAGACAGGAACAGCCUCUCCAUGCUGAGUAAUGAACUUAGUCCUGCCCAAUCACCAGGCAGCAAGGUAAGAACACAGCUCCUGAUUGGGCAGCUCUUAAUGAUUCACUGCAACUGCCUCUCUCGACUAAACCAGCGGCCCCUCGCAUUUUAAAUGAACAUGAUUUAUCUUCUUAGUAGUAAACAGUAUCAGCAGCCUAAAGCAGAGCAAAAACAUUUUAGUCAUCGAGGCUUUUUGUUUGUUUUUAGUUAUUUAUUUUUAAAAAAUCAAGUGACAUUCUGGCAAACUAUGAAUACAUCAUGAAAUAAAGAAGAUUGUGAUUUCCGCACCAUGAAAUUGAAGCCAUAUGUAGUCAUGAUUGAAAAACCAUGAACAGGAAAGACUGUAAGAAGAAGAGCUUUACACUAAUGGGCCAUGGUGGGAACUAUGCAUCCAUAAAAAGAGCUAUUAUUCAGCACCCCAAACUCUUAUCACUCUGAUGCUGCCUCUCUUGUCCCUUUUGUAUUAUCCUUCAUUCUACUGUACAGUGGGUAUUGGGAGUGGAAAAUAAUAUCGGUAUGUCCAGUGGCAACCUAGUAGUUGCAUCUUGUCUUGUCCCCUCUGCUCUCUUGCUUUGCCUUGUGCUGCGGUAUUGCUCACGAGAAUGUGGAAUAAACUGCAGGUGUAGCUGUGUCUUUUGGCCUUUGUCCUUUCUGACAUCCUUAAACCCCUCAAGGGACCACAGCCUUACACAAGCAUGCUCUGCUUUAUAAAGGAUGCCAAUAAUGUACUGUUGUGUAGAGAAAAUAGAUGAGUCUGCACCUGCGCAGGCUCACUCAAUGAAAUCUGUCAUAUUUUUAGCUCCAUUCAUACCCAAAAGGUGGUUAUGUAAUAAUAAACAAGUGUAUAAGGCAAGCAUAAUUUAGCUCUGAGAUUUUUAGGCACUAUCAAACAGUUAGUGGCUUCUACUGUCUAACCGAGGAAGUCAGUGGGUUUGUGGUCACAGCACCACAUCUGACUGCCUGUCAGGCUGUCAUGCUGAUUGAAAAGACUACCCACUUGCUUCAUGCAAACCUGAGUUAGCUUAAACCUGCUCAAAAGAUCAUUCAAAUAAUGUGGCAUCCAAAAUGCAAACAAGAUGUGUUAGUUAACCCUUGGGGUUGUACAUUACAUGAACUUGCUGUAUGUUGUUUGGCUUUAAUAUGAUCUUCAAGCUUGUUUCAAGUGCUUUAUGAUUGCUGAUACUAGAUUGUUUCUUUUUUUGUUAAAAGUGUAUAUUUAUUUAAUUUUAGACAAGUAUCAACAGUGCUUUUAAGAUUUGUUCUUCUCAUUACCCUUUUAUAUGCGAACAAAAUCUAAUCAUCAUUUAUACUCAGGCUAAAAUUAGAGUUAAUUAGAAAUAGCUAACAGUGUUUGUUUUUGUUAAAUCUCCUCCCUGCCACCUCCUCACUAAUUGUGUCUUCUCCUCCCCCCUCCAGUCUGAGUCCAGGAUGUUUAAUGGUGUCGAGAAGGAGUGCCCCUCCCCGACAGAGAAGCUGGCCAGGAAGGAGUCUCUUAAGGUACACAUCACUUCCUUUCAUGUCAAGGUUGUACUAAAUAUUCAUCAUUAUUCUACAUUUCCCCCUCCAUAAGCCCCCCUCUGUUUAUCUGUCAGACAGAGCUCUCAGGGUUGAAUGAACAUUAACUGUUUGGGAACAUUUUAUAGCGUCUCGUUCUGUUUCUAAAUGUGUGCCAUUUUGUUUGUUUUUGUGUCAUCACCAGUGAAUCUGGGUUAUGGUAAUCGGAAACAACAGUAUGUGCAGCUCUGACUCCCCCUAGUGUUGGUCCUCUCAGCUCAGUCUCAUGACCUGUAGGGUUGAUGACUCAUUCAUGUAUUUCCAGGUCCAAAAGCAAAAUUACAGGCAAGAGAAGAAGAGGGCCGCUAAGGAGCUAUCUAGUGCCCUGAAGGAUCCCAGUGUUGUCAUCAUGGCUAACUGGCUAAAGGUGUGACAGAUUUACUUCAGUGCCAGUCUGGAUACUGAUAUCUCUUUAACUGUGUACAUUUUCCUUUAUGCCUUUAGUAAUCAAAAUUCCCGCGUUUCCUUUUCGUUUUUUUCUUCCGUAGAUCCGUGGCUCUUUGAAAAGUUGGACCAAGCUAUGGUGUGCCUUGAAGCCUGGAGUUCUUUUGAUCUAUAAGACCCCCAAAACAGACCACUGGGUGGGCACCAUCCUGCUCAGUGCAUGCAAGCUGAUCGAGAGACCUUCCAAGAAGGAUGGCUUCUGCUUCAAGCUUUACCAUCCACUUGAAAAAUCCAUCUGGGCUGUCAAGGUCUGUCAUGUUUCUCUGAGAAAACCACUAUCAACAAACAAUCAGGAGUUGUCUGGUGAAAGUAGGAUCAAACCGUGCCUUAGUAUUUGAUUCACAUAGUUCAAUAAUAGUGUUUGAACAGGAUCUAAACGUUCAUAUCAGCCUCGCCUGAUAUUGAUUCAUACAACAGAAUAUACAAGCACUGAAAACAAUAUUAUAUCCAGAAUAAAAAUGGACUCAUGGGUGUCUUUUGGUAAUAUCAAACAAAGAUUGCUUCUUAGAUUUAUGACUUAUCGGAAAUAUGUAAUUUAUAUAUAAGAAUUACCAAAAGGGCAAUGUUCUUACUUGUAGCUGUUGUAAACUGUUUUUUUUCCGUGCUGUGUUGUUUGUUUGGACAAAGGAUAUUGAUUUAAUUGUCCUAAAUAAAUUUAAAAUAAAUCAACACAUUUAAAAUACGUUUUUCCCUUGAAAAAAAAUGGCAUAAAAACCAUAUUGUUACAUAGCCAUUUAUUUAAUUUUGUUGUGUGGACAUCCAGUUUUUGAUUCUUCAUUUUAGUUUACAUUUCAAGUGGAUCCUGUUCAGCGCUCCACUUUGCUCACAGCUCAUGAGAGAGUCAUUUGUUUUUGUUGGUACUACAUGAUUCAAGUAGCAUGUAGCAUGACUCACUUCUGCAUCCAUAUGCUUAGGGUCCCAAAGGAGAGAACGUUGGCUCCAUCACACAGCCUCUACCCAGCAACUACCUGAUCUUUAGAGCAGCAUCUGAGUCCGACGGUGAGGAUAAUACCUUUCAGCUGGAUACAUACUGUACAUGCUUGAGCUCUUAUUGAAUCAUAAAGGCCAUUCCUUCCCAUCUUUAAAAAUCUCUCUCUCUCUCCAGGUCGAUGCUGGAUGGAUGCCCUGGAGCUGGCUCUCAGCUGCUCCAGUCUGUACAAGCUGACAGCCAAAACAGGGAAAGAGGCAGAUAUCAGCACGUCUUCAGAGUCGUCUCAUAUACUCCACCUGCUGCAGUCUACGCAGCUCACUGAAACAGAGCUGUUACAGUAAGUGUUACCCUCAUUUAUCCGUACACUGAGAGCCUCUCACACAUCAAUUAUCUCCAGCUUAUAUUUAUAACCUGUUGUUCUUUUAUUAUGAUCACUUUUUUCCUGCCAAAUCACACACAGAGCUGUUGGCAUUUAUGCCAAAGGCAAUUAUGCUGUAUUGUUUAUGCGGAAGUCAAAUAUUCCCAGAUGGUAAUUCUAAAAAAAAAGAAGGUUGUAGUAUCUGUAGUCGUCCGUGUUGAAAAUCAACUGACACAAUUUUGAUAGUCUUCUUUAAGACCCUCACUACAACAUGUCUUUCUCAGGCUGGACCGUUUGUUUGUGUGUUUGUUUACCUUUGAAAUUCCUGUAAAAUUGUAGGUCUUAUCGUCAUACUCAAAUGAACCACUGUUCUUUUAGAAGAGGUGAUUCAAAACUCUAAACUGAAUUCUAUGAGCUGUAAUUACUGUAGGCUAACUUUAUGACACUUAAAAUGAUACAGUAGAAACCUCUGAUUUUAAAAUCUUAGCCAGGUUCCAUCUCUUAUCUUUGAAAAUUCUUAACCAAGAUUCUAAAGAUUUAACAGGAAAAAUAUGGAGUUUUGUGUGAUUAACGUUAAAAGAUAAAUAAAUAAAAGAAUGCUGAUAUUAGCCAUCUGGUUUUUCAGUGCCUUAAACAUGAAAUACUAUAAUCCUGCGGUAAGAUGCAGGAUUACUUCAUCAUGGCGAUCUUAAAUACUGUGGGAUGUUAACAGCAAAAAAGGGAUUUUAACUACAACCAGAUUUGGACCAUUGUUUAAAUGUCACAGUCCCUUGGCUCUACUUUAAAACAUAUUUCCUGUCUUAAACAUAUGCUGUGUUUCUUGUCAGGGAUCCAUGUACAAUAUCAUUUCUGAUCAAUAACAGCCAAAAAAUUGUUGAAUUGAUUCUGCAGAUAUGAAAAUGUUGUCUAUGUACUGCCACUGUUGCGGUCCACUAAGUCAGUGUACACACAGUCAGCAUGUCGGUUGUAUGGGGGUAUUGAGAAGUGUUUGGGACAGACAGCAAAAUAACUACUUGCAAUGCUUGUGAACACCAGGUGAUGGGAAGAGGAGCAUAACAACUCUUCUUGACCUGGACACUUCAGAACUAUAAUCUUGAACAGCACAUAAAGAAUACAUGGUUAUGGUUUGUGCUAGAAUCACAUUUUGUUUGCCUUACGCCUAUUUCUGAAACAAUUACGCAGUCACAGUGACAGUCACAGGUAAAUUCUUGUAAAGGAGAGAUUUAAUGUUACUGCAUUGAUAUUGAUAACUGCCAUAUAAGUUUGAAAAAAAUCAACAUAUUCGAUAUUGGCACAGAUUUAAUCCUGUGCAUCCCCUUCACAAACUUUGAAACUUUUGGAAAAUGAAAAUUCAUAGAGGUACAAAAAGAGAUGUAUAUGUAAAUGUAUGUAAAUUAUGUAUGUAAAUUAACAGUGCCACUGUUUCACGGAAGACUGGGCCCCUUGUAACGAUCAUGCUGUGUGCUGGCCCACCUGUAAUGCUGAAGUAGUGUGGGUAUAAUGUACUGCUGUCCUAUUUCCUGGCUUUUGUUUUGUGCAUCAUCAUAUUUCUUUGAACACUUUCGCCGUAAACCUGUAAGUCAGCAUGUUUGCUCUUAUGAUCGUUUGGAGCAGCUUGUGCUUUUAAAAUCUGCUUUACAGGACAAAAUGUUUGUCCUCUGAGGACAAGAAAUCUCUCAAGCUUGUGGACAGAGUGUGGAUAUGACAUGUAAAAAUAUAUGAUGUACAGCUUCAAAGGGCACUGAUCUCGCUUUGUCCUCAACGCUGCAGGCCAGAGCCAGGUCUAACUUUCACACUCGGCCCAUUGCUGCUUGUCAUCUCCAACUUUCUCCUUUCAAUGUAAAGUUUCUUCCCAGCUGUCCCAUUUUGCCAAAGUGGUUUUAAACAUUUUGUUUGAAUAUGAACACUAAAAGGAAAUUAGAAGUCUGUGCAUGUGUGUGCUCCAGUCUUUUGUGUUACAACUCUUAGUCAUUACACUGACUCUCUCAACAAUUCACCUCGAAACAUAGUGAGUUUCAUCGUUUUUGUUUGUUUUUUUAACCCGUGAUCAUUGAUGUUUGUGUGUCCAUAACAGUGAGUCAUGUUGAGCCUCUUGCAGGUUCAUAGAAAACAAAAGCCAAAGUGGGCCUUUAGCUUGUAGCCCUGUGGCAAAAAAAACUGGUUUUGUUGGGGUGGUCCAGUGUAGUAGUGGCAUGUGGUUUUUGUGUGAAUAUAUAUUUUUGUGUGCCAGUGUGUUUGUCGGACGCUGUGACAUGCAAACAGUAGAGGGGCAGGAGAAAGAGAGGCUUCAGCUUAACGCAGUAAAAACUCUGCAUGGCUAUUUUUAAUAAUGGGACUAUUUUGGUAAAACGGUUUGUCUGUUAUGUGGAGAAUAAACCUCUGAACGUAAUCCGCAUUCAGCACUGAGGGGUUGUUUGUGUGCAGAUCCUGCAUUAUUCUUUUUUUUGUUGAACUAGACUGAAAACUUAGACCUCAAAACCUAGAAUCCUACCAAACUAAAUUUUGCCACACUGUUACACCCCUAUAGCACUAUCUACUGCGUGUUUGUCUAUGUAAACAUCAGUUUGUUUCCUGUUUCACCUCUUAUGUUAAAUUCUAUUCAUUUUCUGCUGUAGUUCUUAUUUCACACCAUGUUGUAGUUCAGCAAAGACAAACAGUGAAACAAUGUUGUAUUGUUGCUUAACAUAAACAUUUACAAAUUCAUUGUGUGGCUUCAUGUAUGUGAUUCUUUAUACAUGUUGGGGUUUCAUCAACAGAGGUUGUUCCCACUUCUUCCUGGAAGCAUGCGUCCCUGUUCAUAUACUGAUUACAUUCAACAUAAGAACACGUCUUUCCUCCCCACCCCCUCCCACCUUUACCUCCUCCAUAGAUGAACCCUCCCUCCAACCAUCCAUCUCCAGCUCCCCCUCCCCUUUUGUCCCUCUCUCAGCCAAUCACAGCAGCCGUCAUGAUCACAUGGUUGACAAGGGAGCAGGAAGAUGGAAUAGAAUGAAAACCAUACACCGCCCAGAGAGAGACGGCAGCUACCAGGCCGUCGAACAUAAACAGAUACACACACACACACACACACAUUGACACAGAGACAGAGACACACAUACACAAACACACACACACACUGACAUCCAUUCAGGAAGCAGGCGUGCUGGAGUCGAGCAGAAAACAAAAAUAUACCUUUGAGUGUUUAAGUGACUAGAUAAAAAACAUCCAAGCACUGACAGCAGAAAAGAGAAGAGAAGGGCAGACUAAACCUGUGCUGGAUUUGAUGGCAACAUCAUCUGUGGUGUUUUGAUUCCUGAGGAAGAGUUUAUCUGUGCUGUUUGUCUCCGAGGUAAGACGAGCUACCACUGUUUCAGGGCGUGUUUGGGUUAAUGUAUAACACUGCCGGUUGGUUGGUGUCUCACUGAGUGUUCAGGAAUGUGAUCUUUCUGGUCUGCUGAUCCCUCAAGCUUCGUGAAAAUGGAACUUCUGUCCAUUUGGUUUCAUAGCAUAAUGGCUUUUUCCUGGUUUUCUGUGACCGUAAUGCUUGUCAGCUCAUGACACAUCACAGUUAUCGCCUCCUUUUCAGUUACUGUAUGUGUUUGUUUGGAUCAUGAGUACUGAGGAUUUGUUUGAAAACCCUUCGAGUGUCCUUAACAUCCACUAUGUGACUUGCAGAAUAGCCCGUAGAUUAAACCCAUGAUGUCCCCUUUUAGAUAUUGAUUUCAACUUACCCUCCCAGACUGUCCCCCCUCCCACUCUCACUUCUCCUUUUUCUGUCCCUUCAGUAACUGAUGCAUGACUUUCCUCUGGGUUUUUCCCUUUUUCUCUUCUCAACUUCUUGUUCUGGUUAUUAGAGUGCUGACUGAUUUGGGUUUAAUGUGUCCAGACAGCAAAACUCCACAUCAUGAAAGUGAUAAAUCAGCACAGGAUGUGGUAUGAAUUAGUUAUCUCCCAACUUGUGCUCAUACUGCAUGCACAAAUAGGCUGUUUGUGGAGUCCAUGCAAAUUAGGGCUGCAAGAUAUUGGAAAAAAAACUGUUUAAAAAAAAAAAAACUCUACAACCCUGCUGUUACUUUUUAUCUUCUGGUAAAUAUAUCAACCAUUUCUAACAAUCUUUAAAGUCUCAUUUAACCUGCUUGAUGAGCCUCAUUAGUCACUGUAAUUUAUCAUUUCUGGCUGAACGUCUGCCUCAAACAGGGGGUACCUGUGAUGGCGGCAGCAUUGCAUGCAUGUUUAGAUUUCACAAUCACAUGGCACAUGGGCUCUGAAUAAGGCUGGGUGAUAAACUUAAAAUUUACUGAUAUCGGUUUGGUUUGGUUGUGUGUAGGUAGGCUAUGGUCUCAUGUCCCUUUAAGAUGCUGUCCUAUGUCGUAGACGUGACUCCGCCCCAUCCAGUCUGUAACCAAGAGGGAAAGACAGGUGAGGAGAUAGAGGACUGUUCAAAAGUUGUAGCUGCUGCUGGAGCGGCGGCUCAAGUAGACGAAGUUAAUAUGGGAGAGGGUGAGCAGCUUGUGGAGUAGUUAUCAAUUUAUCGUUAUCGAGGUGAACUGCUCAAUAUAUCAUGAUAUUGAUAUAUCAUGAGGCCAUAUCGCCCAGCCCUAGCUCUGAAUGCACAGUGGUCAGUUCACUCUGUAUGUGUUGAGCGGCUUCAUUAAGACUUUUCAUGUAACGGAAAACCUGGUACUGUGAGUUUAGUGAAGCAUCAAACAACAAAAGUGACAGCAAGGCACUUUUCACGCCGUGUGUUGGACAUCACACACCCUUCUGUACAGCUAUGAUGUGCACAUGCAGGUGAAAGCACUCACUUUGGUUGAACAGUAUGUCCUACAAACCUAAAGCAGAUACAAACGUGAGUAGCUCUCUGCAACCUGAUUGUAGCAGGUCACAUUCAGAGCAGUGGAACAGAAGCCCUCAAGGUUGACUGUAACGGGGGUAGUCGUGAUGGUAUUGGGCUUAAUAAUCUUAUCACAAGGCUCGGAGAUCUAGCAUAUUUGAAGUGCAGAUAAGAUGUCAUUAAAAAUUCUGGUGAUGAUUUCUCAUUUUCUUCAUCUGUUUGUGAAUGACUAGUUUUCUAGUUUGUUACUCCAGUGGCAAUUAGCGUCAAUUUGGUAGAAAUGAAGACUAAUUAUUUACAGUGUUUGUCAUUUCAGUAAAAAUUACCAAUCAUGAAAUACAUAAUUAUACUCAUUAGAUGUUCUUUGAGCUUUCACAAGUAGUAAAAGUAAUCCUGUUAAUGACUUUCUGAUUAUAUAAAAGUCAAUUAUGACACCAACUAUUCAAUCUAUUAAAGUACCACCAUUAAUAAAGUUAUUUUCUUCCAUAUCUGGGAUUUUCAUGACUAAACUUCCUGAAGAAGUUGGUCUGAGUCUAACCAACAGCUGGUGGUAGUAAAUGGUCGCAUAUCAGGGAUGCUUGAUACAGAUGUGACCCUGCUGUUUUCUUCUCUCCUCAGGUUAAAUGAGACAGUGCUGCUGGGCAAUCACCACAUGGAGCAUGACGGUUUUUCUGACAAAUCAGAGCGGGAGGCUCAGGAUGACUGGGACACUGCAGCCAAUGAGAAUGGUGGAAGGCUGACAGAGGAAAGCGACAUGGACCAAUCAGACGAGCUGUCACCCGGCCCACAGGCCACAGCCUAUGUGGAGCAGAGCACAGAGGAGAUGGCUGAGGUGAAAUAAAAAAUACCCCUUUAUGUUUCUGCUCAGCUUUGGAGCAUCUUAACCUGGGACUCUCUACUCACUUCCUUUACAAUCAAUUGUGUCUUAAUCCAGGCUGGGGAGGCGUCCCAAGUAGAGACAGUAUCAGAGGAGAACAAGGGUCUGAUUUGGGGCUUGCUGAAGCAGCUUCGGCCAGGCAUGGACCUGUCCAAAGUGGUGCUACCCACCUUCAUUCUGGAGCCUCGUUCUUUCCUGGACAAGUUGUCUGACUACUACUACCAUGCUGACCUGCUCUCACAGUCAGUACCUUCAAAUCCCCGUUGACUCACUUAGAGAUACUGUACAUCUCCCUGAAAUUCAGAGAAAGACUCAAAUGAUUCUCUUUCAGUUUUGCCUGAGAUCACUUUUAUUUGUGUCUUGUUGUCUUUCCUGUUACAGAGCUGCACUGGAGGAGAGUGCUUAUGGUCGCAUAAAGCAGGUUCUGAGAUGGUACUUGUCUGGCUUUUACAAAAAGCCCAAGGUAAGCUUUUAGGGCUGGUAAAGACAGUGAUGAAUAUGCAGCAUUGAGCUGCAAUUAAACAAACGUAAAAUAAAAAUAUUGCUCUUCAUUAAAAACAAAUUAACAUCAGGGUUACAUUUUUUUCUACAUUUCAAAGAACCCUUUUAUAUUAAUUUAUCUAAUCACUAUCUCACGGUGAAGUAAUUAAACUGCUUGACUCAUGACUUUUUUUUAUUUUGACUUGCGGUAUAAAUAGCAGACCCACAUGCCUCACUUCUCUUAUUAGGUUUGUUUUCCUCUGUGACAGCAUUUCAGCUAGCAGAUAACGCCUAAACUGUAGAUGAAACUGAGCUUGCUCAACACUUUUUGAGCUGACUAACACUCAGAGACUUCCUGGUGAUGGAUAGUUUGUAAUCUGAUCACCUCUAAUUAUCUAUAGUGCAUACUGCUAUCUAUAGCAGUGUGCUUGCGUCACUGUGCACUAUUUCCUGCUGAAUUAUUGAAUGUAGUCGAGUGGUUAUCUGUUCCACAGGAGUGCUUUCUAUCUAGGACUUUUCACAUCCCAUCGAUGUGGCCAUUUUGGUCGUGUUAGGAUUUGCAAUCAGGCUGUCUUUGAGAAACAGAAAUCUUGUGAAACCUCUGAGCUGAGAACCUAUUUGUGUCAGGAGUGAUCCAUGUUCAUGCAAACUAACAUAUUGUUUUAUGAUUUUGCAAUCCCUAGGGUCUGAAGAAGCCGUACAACCCAAUCUUGGGAGAAACGUUUCGCUGCUGCUGGCUUCAUCCUCAAACCAACAGCUGCACUUUCUACAUCGCAGAACAGGUUAGGACAGAUUCAUUGCUCGAAGAUAUAAAUGCACAGCAUGACUCAUCUUGCAUUGAUUAGAGGGUUUUGCAAAAUAUAAAACGAGUACCUGCCAGCUGAUUUCUCACCUUUUUCUCUGUCUGUGCUGCUAAAGUGACGCUGUCUCUUUCCUCUGCCAGGUGUCCCACCAUCCACCCAUCUCUGCCUUUUAUAUCUGCAAUAGAAAAGAUGGUUUCUCCAUCAGUGGGAGCAUCCUGGCCAAGUCCAAAUUCUACGGUGCGUUUCAGACUCAAUCAGCAAACAGCUAUAUAUAUAUGUGUGUUUGUACUCAUGCAUCUCUUUGGUCUUUUGAGACUAGCUGUCGGCACUAAAAGAGAAACUACAUGUUUUGCUAAAUGUAGCCCUUCUGCUUCCUACAGGUAACUCUCUGUCAGCCAUUCUGGAUGGAAAAGCCCGGCUGCUGUUCCUUGGCAGGGAUGAGGAGUACGUCAUCACCAUGCCCUACGCUCAUUGCAAAGGUAAUAAAUCUGGAGUAAAUGUAGGCAACCAUCACUUCUAAUUCAUCUCCCUGUGUCCCUGUUGCCAGAUUAACACUGGCUGUGGGAUUCAACUGUCACUGUUCACUGCUUCAUCUGUUACGAUAAAUCAGUUGUACUGAAGAUUCAGUUGUUCUUAUUAAAAGUUCAGUGGCUACCUUCACUGUCCUCAUAAAUACCAUUGGAUCUGUUUGCUAUCGAAUUUAGUCAGUAAGAUUUAGGGAUGGGCGAUAAAUUAUCGUUCACAAUAUAUCGUCAGAAAAAUCCUCCAUGAUAAAUAUUUACCUUCUCAUGAUAAAUGCAAGUUGAUGACGUAAGCGAUGGAUUUGCAGCCAUAGCCCACACAGAGCAGAAUAACAAACAAACAUGGUUGAAGGUGAUGAAGAAGACAUUUCUGAGCAGCUCGUUACUGGCCGAGGCUCCACAUGAGGGAUUUCCUUCAAGAUUGGGACUUAGAUGAGUGCAAUCAGAUAUGCCUGACAUCAGACAGUGGAUCUGCUGCUGCUGUUCACUCUGUGCAAUAAGAGUUUUCAAUAAAUGUUGAAAAUGUUUUCACGUUUGAGACUUUUUUGAUGUCAUUAGUUUCCUCCAUAACCUACCACUCAAACUUGUGGUUCAGUAUCUUAUUUGACGACUCCAACUGGUGUUCUCAAGACAAAAUGAGUCAAAAAUAUUGAUUGGAAUUAUAAAAAUUUUUAUUAGGACUUUCGCCAGAAUGGCAAAUUUUAUCGUGAUAAAUUUUGUAGCCCAUAUCGCCCAUCCCUAGUAAGAAUAUGUGAGAUAGUUUCAAAGUUUUACUACAGCAUCUAACAGGUAGAAAUACAAAAAUCGAUUCACUGAAAUCCACUGUGGUAGAUCUUGUGUGGGCUGAAAGUUGGGUUCGCUUCAAUCAGUCAAAAUUUUAUUUUUAACUUAUAGCCUCCUGCUUUUCAGAAAAUGAACGCUCACACAGACGGAAAAACUUAGAGACACGCCUGUAUUUGUGUACUUCCUGUUUAUUCUGAGACAAAUCUGCAUGGCUAAUUGCUGUAUUUUUAGUUUCACCCUGAAUGCUUAAUCUGUGCUUCCUGUAGGCAUCCUGUACGGCACCAUGACACUAGAGCUGGGAGGGAAGGUCACUAUUGAGUGUGAGAAGACAAAGUGCAUAGCAGAGCUGGAGUUUAAACUGAAGGUAAUCUUAUUCACCAGUUGUGUUUGGAAAUGUACUUUGAGGGUUUGAUUUUAUCAAUCUACACUGGGUUAGUCGGGUGUUGUCACUGUGCAGCUGAUUUUAGAAAAUGUUCACUCUGCUCUCUGCAGCCUUUCCUCGGAGGCUCCUGCUCCGUGAACCAGAUCAACGGGAAGAUCCUUGUUGGAGAGGAGCUGCUGGCGACUGUUGAUGGACACUGGGUGAGAGCAACCUUCAUCUUUCUGCACCCUUUCCUGUCACGUGUUUUCAGUUUGAACAGUGUUGUAUUGUAUGUAAUAAGGUCAGGUGUGCUUUUACAGUAAGUGUAGGAUCUACAAAGGAAAGAAUCGUGACUGGAAAGAUCGUGAUGUCCUUAUCACUGAACAUUUUGUUGCCUUCCUGUAUCCAGGACAGCGAAGUGUUCAUUCAUGAAAAACGCUCGGGCCAGCAGGAGACUUUAUGGAACCCAAGCCUCGACAUCCGCAGUAGCCGCCUCAAGAGACAAGUAGUCCAAAUGGACCAACAGGGAGAGUUUGAGUCUGAAAGGUAACUCAUUUGUCCCCAUAUUAAUAAUGUUAUCCAUGUUGGUGUGUCAAGAUAUCAUGUCAUUUUACUGUUUUAAACUGAAGAUCAGUAACCCUAAUUCUGCUGAAUUUGUUGAUCUUUAAUAAAUGUUGAUGUUCCCUUUAACAGACUGUGGCAGCAUGUGACCAGUGCCAUCAUGGAUCGAGACCAGCUGCGUGCCACCCAGGAGAAAUUCGUCCUGGAGGAAGCUCAGCGAAAAGAGGCCAAGGAGAGAGGAGACAAACCUUGGACCCCAAAACUCUUCCAUCAGGACCCUGUCACCUCUGAGUGGACCUACAGGCACAUGGAGUAAGAACCUGGUCACAUAAAGAACAGGACAUGUUGAUCUUUGUAGAUUUUACAUCAAUGAAGGAAAUAGAAAAGGGACAGCAGAAGAAAAACAACAACAAAAAAAACAGUCAAAUGAAGGGUGACGAUGCCUGUAUUCAUAAUAAAUGAUUGUCCUGUCUGUCAGUUUGCAGCCGUGGGACCCUGAGCGCUGUCUGGUUCAGUUUGAGAAAGACGGAGUGAUUCAGACGCAGGAGAAGAGCCAGAGGCGGCACAAUGUACUCUCCUACAGCCACAGCUGGACCAGUCAACAGAAAGUGAGCAAAACCAAUCACGUUAUCGCACACGGUUGAUGCACCAGUUGAGGAUAGGUUUUUUUUUGUGUGUGUGCUGGUGGAUGAGAGUUAGUAAUAUUCCAUCACUGAAUCAAUGUUAUGUAAGAGAUAUCUAUCAACACAGCAGAUAUCCACCAAUACUGCUCCUUAGCACGUAUCCCUGCAUCACUAAUAUUCAUAGAUAAUUUAUGGGCUGCGUUAUUUAUAUUUCAUGAAAUUGAAAGUUGCACUUUUUUCUUGUCAAACCAGGAUUUAUCCGGUUAUUUAGAGUUCUAAAAAUAAGGAUCUAGCAGGAUGAGCUCCAUACUUCCUCACUAGUUAUUUGCUACAGGGGUGACCUACAGAAAAACUGCAUCUGUUACCGUCUGUUAGUGUGAUUUAUCGGCCAGCUGCAGAUUUAUCUACAGUGAAGUUUUACAAACUUUUUGAUCACCUUCCUCUUUUCCCCCUCUAGGCUGAAGUGAACGGGAAACGCAGGAAGGCAAGCAGCCAGCCGUCCAGCUGCAGCCAGAACACUGAAAGCAGCAGCACUACGCCAGAACCCACACACGAAUCCUCGGAUAAUGAAGGUGAGGCAUACGCACACACUCACAGACACGCUCAGGAGCAAGUAAAUUACAAAAGCAUGGUUCCUGAGUUUAACAAUUUCCUCAUUUCUGUGCCCAGGGUUCUCAAAUCAGUGUGCACGGUGCAAUAAAGAGAUGAAGGACAUUGCCCUGAUUGAGGCCUCCAUCACAUCCAUACAGAAGACACAGCAGGACAUCCAGAGGUGAAAAUAACAAGCUAACACUCACAUUCGUGUCUUUAGAGGGAAGUGGGGGGCUUAAUAUCUUAAAGCAACAGAGGUACCAUCAUCCUUCAACCUAAUAGGAAAACAAUUCUUCAUAAGUGUAAAAAACAAAAUAGAAACAGUUGAAGAGACAGUGUUUUCAGUUUGGGAAAGGUCUUUUUAAAACUUAUUUUAGUCUGUAAGAUUCAAAGAUGCAGGACAACAUUUGGUCAAUCAUCGCCCUCAGUGCAAGGUACACACCUCUGAAAUUCUCUACCAUCAGAAAUUAGAUCCCAAACAGAACUACAGAGGUUUAGUGUUAAAGCUAAACAUCGGCUUAAGCAGCAGCAGAAAUGUGAACAUUAACUUCUCUUAAGUCAUUGUCAAUACAGCACUUUAUUAAUGUUUGUGUUAAAUUUAACUUUUGUAAUUGUUUAACCUAAAUUUUGUUGCUGUGUUUAUUUAUUCGUGUCACCUAGCCAUUCACUGUAUUAUCCACUGUAGUUGUAUUAUUGCAUUUAUAGUAUUCAGUAUAUUUUAUCCUUCACUAAAGCCUGACCAGGGACAAAGACGGCAAAUUAGCUAAAGCUAGACGUCUUGUAUGCAUCACAUUUUCCAUUUCCUGUGGCAAUGCUGUAUGUAUUGUCCCUCUUAAAUAAACAUUAAAAUAAAUGAGUAAAUUCAACAGGUGAAUCAUUUGAUCAAUUUAAAAUGGAAUCACAGGAAAAAAAACCCUAAUACGAUUAUUUCUCUGUUAUAAUGGAGCCAAUUAAAGUGUUUGUUUUGAAAAAAUCCUCAUCUUUGACCCUCCUCUCUACCCGCAGAAACCUGGUGGCUCUGAGUCGUCAGCUGGCUCAUCAGAGGGCGUCAGAGGACGGGGUAUCAUUGACAGGUCGUCACUGUCUCAUCCUUUGCGUCGUGCUCCUUUCACAACUCCUCCUCAACUACGUCUUCACCUGA